AUGUGUGAAACAGAGGAUGAGAGGAGUGCCCAGGCCGGGCAGCUCUUUGAGAACUUUGUCCAGGCGUCCACGUGUAAGGGCACUAUGCAGGCCUUUAAUAUCUUAUGCAGGCAGAUGGAUCUGGACCCGCUGGACUACAGGAACUUCUACAGCAACCUCAAAGCCACAGUCACCAACUGGAAGGCCAAGGCCCUCUGGACCAAACUGGAUAAGAGAGCCGGCCACAAGGAGUACAAGAAAGCCAAAGCCUGUGAGGGCACUAGGGUAAGAAGUCAGCCAAGCUUUCACACAGUGGAGGCUGCUGAGGGGAGGACUCCUCAUAAUAAUGUCUGGAAUGGAACAAAUGGAAUGGCAUCAAACAUAUGGAAACCAUGUAUUUGAUACUAUUCCUCUCCAGGCAUUACCACGAGCCCGUCCUCCCCAACUAGUGGUCCUCUGUAGCUCAAUUGGUAGAGCAUGGCGCUUAUAACGCCAGGGUAGUGGGUUCGAUCCCCGGGACCACCCAUACGUAAAAAUGUAUGCACACAUGACUAAGUCGCUUUGGAUAAAAGCGUCUGCUAAAUGGCAUAUUAUUAUAUUAUUAAUUAAGGUACCACCAACCUCCUGUGAUUUCACAGUGACGCUGACUCAGGCGCCGCUCCAGAAUCUCCCAUAAGUGUUCAAAUGUGGGGAGGGGUAAAAGUUACUAGGCAAUCAGGAUAUACUGUAUAAUAAACCGUGUGUGGCGUCAAUAUUUGUGUGUUGGAUUGUCAGUGUAGUAUGUGUGUGGGUAGAGUCUAGUGAGGCGUGCAUAAAGACAGUGCAAGGGAGUCAGUGCAAAACUAUUAAAAUAAAGAAAUCAAUAAUAAAGGGGGUCAAUGUAAAUGAGGGCAUAGCCAUGGUAGCCAAAAUAAUGGCCUGCCCAGCAUUUUUAUACAUGACCCUAAGCAUGAUGGGAUGUUAAUUGCUUAAUUAACUCUGGAACAACGCCUGUGUGAAAGCACCUGCUUUCAAUAUACUUUGUAUCCUUCAUUUACUCAAGUUUUUCCAUUAUUUUGGCAGUUACCUGUAGAUAUAAGGAAGAAGCCUUAAAUGAACAAACCCUGUAUUUGCCUUUGGGCAAACCUUCCACAUUGGGAUUGAAUAGAUGAUGAUCUCCAUGCUAAUAUCCUAUAUCUGCUUAGGGAUUGAUGAUUCAUACCUGGUUGGUUUUGAUUUAUAACUUCCCUGUGUCAGAUGUAGCAAAGACUCUGGUCAACGUCUGUGACGGAAUAGGCUACUUUUUAUUAAAUUCUUCACAAUGAAUCAGACUACAGUUUUAUCAAGUCGAAGCCCUGUGACAUCAAUUCACAUUCACUCAAAACUCUUAAUAGUUUACAACUUGAUAAGUGGUUUUUACUUUUAUAAAAUGUUGGUCAAAGAUUUGUAUUUGUAUUUAUAAUGGAUCACCAUUAGCUGCUGCCUUGGCAGAAUUAAGGCAGUUAUACAAAAGAGGUUAAAGUACUAUUUAAUGAUAUGGUUUACAGUAUGUAAAGUACUAGUUGUACAGUAGGUUCAUAAUGUGACUUCUCUUUCAUGGUAAUGUUAUAAUGCAUGACAUACUUUUGCUGUGUAUCUCUUACACUGUCUUGAGAUAUGAUAUCCCUGUACACCCAGCUGGUAGAUGCUUCUUAUGGGAGCAAUACGGAGAAAUGAACAGCUACGUUGCACACGUCCACGGGAUCAUGUCAAACAAAGAAAGCAUGAUAAACCAAUUAUUUGACAGGGCAAAAUCAGCAAAUCUAUCACAACGCAAUGGAUUUUGGUAGGAACAAAAAAUAUUUUUUCUGCUCAUUUAGGUCUACCUUUUCUAGAAUGUUUAGCAUACUGUUUGCAUGACUUAAUAACUCUCAGAGGAAAAUAUUAGAGGUUCUAAGGGAAGGAGGCCAGAGUUAGAUAGGCCUAGACGAUGGUGAGCGACUCCGGGUGGCGCUUGUCUGGUAGCCAAAUUCCAUGGACAACUAUUUUCUUGCCUCCCAUUUAAAGUGGGUUUGUGGCUUUGUUUUACGUUGCUGUAGUGACCGGAAUAGUUUUGGUUCUUAUGCAAGGGCUUGUUUAUGUAUCAAAUGUAUAUUAGCAUAUCCUAUUCAUUCAGAAUGGUUCACUAUGUACACAGUGAUCUUGUAAUAUGCACUCACAUUCCAUAUGGACGACUCACUUGAGAAUGUCAGUUUAUUAAUUGUUGUAUUGAAAUGUUGACCCUCCAGACCUUUGGAAAGCAUCGCCUGGAAUGUGUACUCAUGUGUACUUUUCUAUAUUUAAUAAAUUCAACAUACAGUGGGGAGAACAAGUAUUUGAUACACUGUCGAAUUUGCAGGUUUUCCUACUUACAAAGCAUGUAGAGGUCUGUAAUUUGUAUCAUAGGUACUCUUCAACUGUGAGAGACGGAAUCUAAAACAAAAAUCCAGAAAAUCACAUUUGUAUGAUUUUUAAGUAAUUAAUUUGCAUUUUAUUGCAUGACAUAAGUAUUUGAUCACCUACCAACCAGUAAGAAUUCCGGCUCUCACAGACCUGUUAGUUUUUCUUUAAGAAGCCCUCCUGUUCUCCACUCAUUACCUGUAUUAACUGCACCUGUUUGAACUCGUUACCUGUAGAAAAGACACCUGUCCACACACUCAAUCAAACAGACUCCAACCUCUCCACAAUGGCCAAGACCAGAGAGCUGUGUAAGGACAUCAGGGAUAAAAUUGUAGACCUGCACAAGGCUGGGAUGGGCUACAGGACAAUAGGCAAGCAGCUUGGUGAGAAGGCAACAACUGUUGGCGCAAUUAUUAGAAAAUGGAAGAAGUUCAAGAUGACGGUCAAUCACCCUCGGUCUGGGGUUCCAUGCAAGAUCUCACCUCGUGGGGCAUCAAUGAUCAUGAGGAAGGUGAGGGAUCAGCCCAGAACUACACGGCAGGACCUGGUCAAUGACCUGAAGAGAGCUGGGACCACAGUCUCAAAGAAAACCAUUAGUAACACACUACGCCGUCAUGGAUUAAAAUCCUGCAGCGCACGCAAGGUCCCCCUGCUCAAGUCAGCGCAUGUCCAGGCCCGUCUGAAGUUUGCCAAUGACCAUCUGGAUGAUCCAGAGGAGGAAUGGGAGAAGGUCAUGUGGUCUGAUGAGAUAAAAAUAGAGCUUUUUGGUCUAAACUCCACUCGCCGUGUUUGGAGGAAGAAGAAGGAUGAGUACAACCCCAAGAACACCAUCCCAACUGUGAAGCAUGGAGGUGGAAACAUCAUUCUUUGGGGAUGCUUUUCUGCAAAGGGGACAGGACGACUGCACCGUAUUGAGGGGAGGAUGGAUGGGGCCAUGUAUCGCGAGAUCUUGGCCAACAACCUCCUUCCCUCAGUAAGAGCAUUGAAGAUGGGUCGUGGCUGGGUCUUCCAGCAUGACAACGACCCGAAACACACAGCCGGGGCAACUAAGGAGUGGCUCCGUAAGAAGCAUCUCAAGGUCCUGGAGUGGCCUAGCCAGUCUCCAGACCUGAACACAAUAGAACAUCUUUUGGAGGGAGCUGAAAGUCUGUAUUGCCCAGCGACAACCCCGAAACCUGAAGGAUCUGGAGAAGGUCUGUAUGGAGGAGUGGGCCAAAAUCCCUGCUGCAGUGUGUGCAAACCUGGUCAAGACCUACAGGAAACGUAUGAUCUCUGUAAUUGCAAACAGGUUUCUGUACCAAAUAUUAAGUUCUGCUUUUCUGAUGUAUCAAAUACUUAUGUCAUGCAAUUAAAUGCAAAUUAAUUACUUAAAUCAUACAAUGUGAUUUUCUGGAUUUUUGUUUUAGAUUCCGUCUCUCACAGUUGAAGUGUACCUAUGAUAAAAAAUUACAGACCUCUACAUGCUUUGAAAGUAGAAAAACCUGCAAAAUCGGCAGUGUAUCAAAUACUUGUUCUCCCCACUGUAUAUCAUCAAAUAGUGCAGCAGUAUUAAGGGAUCUUGGAUUUCCUGUGUGUGUCCAGACAUGCAUGAACCUAGGCACCCAUGAACCUCCUCACCAAUGAACCAAUCAGGGUUGGGUUUUGUGUCUGAAAGUGAUGAAAUAUCACCAUAGGUUUACAUUGUACAGAUGUUAACAAACCAUGUUCAUUGUGAAACUAUGCCUAGUCUUUUGAGCAAUCCCUCAUCGGGGCAUCGUGUCUGAACCUGAAUGGCACUGGACACACCUCUGUUCUAUAUAAGCACCAGUUUCACAAAGCUGCAGUUAAGUCAAACAAUACUUUUCAGUAAACAGUCAAACUGGACCAAUAAGGAAACUUGUAUUUUACAAGACCUUUAAAAACACAGCGGUCACACGUGGGUAAACAGCUGAGUGUUGGCCCUGCCGUACUUGCAGGACUGAACUCAUCAUCCUUAUUGUUGCGUCCAGUAAAAGUGACUCAAUCGUUUUUCACCCUUGGUUGACCUCUUUUGGUGCAAUCUGUGUACGGUUAAUGACAAGCUCUGGAAACAGUACACAACAACGUGAGCGCUGACUCAGGCAUUCUCUAAGAAUAGCCCAAAAACCCACAGUUCAACACAGAGCCAAAUAACACUAUCAUCUCCAUAUCCCAGUGACAAUCAUUCACCUUGUACAGAGCCACAUUAAGACCAAUUAAUUCCUUUCAUUCCAACAGUUCAUUGUCUCCUUUGUUUGGUCUAAAUGGGCUUCAAUUCUAUUGAAUAUGCUAUGUAUGCUGAGAUUUUACAAGCUGUGUGUAGUUGAAAUACCACAGGUCAAGUCUCUAGUAAUAACAACCUCAUGAAUGGCACAUACAGUAUCGCUUGAGGACUUAGUUUGACUGGAAUCAGCUGAACCCUUUUCAGCAACGCUGUUUGUCUGGUGAGACAAAUCCCCAUAAUGCAUAGCAGACAUCCAUGUCCAAGUGAGAUCAGUGGAGUGAGAUAAGCCCAUUCAAACCCACCACACUCAGGCCCAGUAACCUUCAAAUACCUGACUGUGUCCAACGCUCUGUAUCAGAUGUUUGAGUCACAAACCAUACAACUCUAUACACGAUUUGUGCCAUCAUUCUUACCAAACUUUGAAUCUGCACUGUUCUUCAUGUAAAUGUGUUUUGUGUAAGAUUUCCAGUGGAAAUUGUUAAAAGUUGUCCUUGUGCGUAGAGUUAUAUGGUCUAUUUAACUUUGCAAUCAUUGGUUUUUGUUUGGCAUACAUUUUAAAGUGAAGAAUCUGAGUCUCAGCAUCAUUCCGUUACCGUGGAGUUGCCCAUAUGACAGGCCGACAACUACGGCAGAGGAUAAGGUAAUCUCCUUGCUCUCUCUGUAAUGCCUUCAGUGAACACAGAGGUCAGUGGCUCACUCCAGUGAAUGACUGAAGUGGUUCUGUUUUAUUGUAGGAUAUGAAACCUGAUGCAUUAUGGGGCCCUAUAUGCUCUUAUAUUGCUAUGUUCCCCUUUCAGUUCCCCUUAUGAGGCCUUGUUUUAAUGUUUGAUGCUUUAUACUAGAGGUUGCAAUACAAUAUAACUAAUGUAGAAGAGGUGAUCGCCUUUGAUGUAGCUAAUCGCAGUUUUCUUAAUUUCACCCCUGCAACAUUUUGUUGAUUAUGUGAGAUGUGUUUCCUGGUUGUUUAACUACAGAUUGUAUUGUACACUGAUGAUGACGAAGUGUGUCUCUCUCUCUCAAGUGUCUGAUCAUCGGAGGGGGGCCCUGUGGCUUGCGUACGGCCAUUGAGCUGGCUCUGCUGGGGGCCAAGGUGGUGGUGAUUGAGAAGAGGGACACCUUUUCCAGGAACAACGUGCUGCAUCUGUGGCCCUACACCAUCCACGACCUCAGGGGCCUCGGGGCCAAGAAGUUCUACGGCAAAUUCUGUGCUGGAGCCAUAGACCACAUCAGUAAGUAUUGUACUGCUAAUGUCAUUCUUAUCUCAUAUGAAAGUAUGUUAAGUAAUGUUAUUCUUCCUUGUUUUGAUGUUCUGCUGGGGAAAACUGACUGAGGAAGUUGAAUGUGGCUGAAAGAUUUAUCAGAUGGUAAACAUUGUUACAUGAUCUCUUCCUAUCAGUCACUACGUUCUUCAGUUGGAUUUUUUUAAAAUAUAUCUGGCUUGCUCUGCUGAGAAAUCUGACGAUUGUGUGUGUAAGAGUGUUAUAUCUCCCUGCAACUGCCGUGCCUUAGAUAACAACAUGCAAAGUAGAGGAGCCCAUAAAUACAAAUACUGUGUGUGUUUCAAAACCACUGAUGCCACAAACAGGCCUUCUUGUGUCCUUUAUCAGAACAUUUGGCAACUGGGUGGUUUUUCCAGUGAAAUGUCCAGCUUGUUCCUAUGAGGCUUAUUCUGUCCCCAUGUGGAAGAUGCUGCCUUUCCUGACCCUCUCUCUGCUUUAGGAACAGAGUCAGAAAUACUCGCUGAGAUGAACAAUGCUUCUCAGAUUAACCUAUGAAGUUGAAAAUAGAUUUACCAGCUGCUAGCUAGCUACACCUAUACCUCAGAAUGGAUUAUCAGUCACGUGGCAGUUCACUAACCAUGUAUCUGGAAGCCUAGUAAUGCCACAGGUUAUUGGAGACUAAGUGUAUGUAGUUGGAUAUGUGUUGUAAAUUAUAAACUGUGUGGUUCGUGCCCUGAAUGCUGAUUGGCUGACAGCUGUGGUAUGUCAGACCGUAUACCAUGGGUAUGAAAACCAUUUAUUUUUACUGCUCUAAUUAUGUUGGUAACCAGUUUAUAAUAGCAAUAAGGCACCUCUGGGGUUUGUGGUAUAUGGCCAAUAUACCAUGGCUAAGGGCUGUCUCCAGGCACUCUGCGUUGCGUCGUGCAUAUGAACAGCCCUUAGUCAUAGUAUAUUGGCUAUAUACUACACCCCCUCUGGCCUUAUUGCUUAAUUAUACCUGGUCUGUAUGUGUCUGAAGGUAUUCGCCAGCUCCAGCUCAUGCUGCUGAAGGUCUCCCUCAUCGUGGGGGUGGAGGUCCAUGUCAACGUGGAGUUUGUCAAACUGCUAGAGCCACCGGAGAACCAGGAGAAUGAAGGUGACUCUCUUUCGGUUCAGUUAGAAAAUACAGCGUUUCCCACCUCUGGACAUGAACCGGUCAUGUUUUUCUGUCUUUCUGUCGCCACACUUUUCAAUCCAACACAGUGGUAUCAGGUCCAGCAUCAGUCUGUGAAAGCAUGGCACUAAACAGCUGUGUUUACAACACGGUUUGUUUCAUGCUUGAAUGUUUGUUAGAAAUCUGCUUUUUACAUUUCUGUUCAUUUGUUGUUCAUAUUGAGUUCGUAUGAUUAGCACUAUUGCUGAUGUUUCAUUGGUUGGCUGCACCAGGUCUUUCUCUGCCUCAAGCCCUGGUACUUGAUCAAAAUGACAUCACACACCACAGAUGGAUUGGCUACUUCUCAAUCUUGUGUUCUUGAUUUAGAAACCCGUGGCCGCAUAAUUCAAUUUACGAGUAGAGGCUGCCUCUAGGUCUGCAGUGAAGCGCAUGUGCUUUGUAGGUCAGUGUUGCUUGCCUAAUUUUUAGUUGAUGCCAAAAACAAGCCCAAUGUAUAUUUCCGAAGCUGUAUUUCAAAGUCCCUCAGAGUACCUCAACUGCUGUAACUGCCCCACUUGAUUUUGAACAUUUAAUUUGAACAAACCUCCUGUUUUCUUUACCCCAGUUAGUUUAUCAAGUAGCAUACGGUUGUCCCUAGACUGAUAAAGAUGGAAGACUAGCCUAAAUGUAGGGUUGCAAUGUGUCCUCUGCAGCAGUGACUGGGUUCUUCAGGGGGUACCUCAGGAGAAAGUGCUGUGGGCAUGGUGUGUUUCUGUGAGACUGUGUGGCAGGAGUGUUGAGCUAAUAUGGAGAGGGUCUCUGUUUCUCUCUGCGUCAUUGCCACUCACCACGCUGCAUUGUGAAAGAUUACAAACCCUCAGCAAGACUUCAGCUAUUUAUAGUUGGAGACAACUUAGCUAUGUAUUUAACAGUGCCUUCACAUUAAUCAAAAAGCACAAUGUAGUGACUUGUCAUCAAUAACAAACAUGUCUCAAAUGCAACCUUAACAGUCAUGGAAAAUAGAAAAUGUUUACAAUAUAUUCCUUGCUGUAUUGAUAUGGCUUGCCACUGUCUCUGAACGCUUGUCUAAUACUGUAUGUUGUCCUUUUCCCAGGGCCUGGAUGGAGAGCUGAGAUCAGACCAGCAAACCACCCCCUUGCUGACUUUGACUUUGACGUGGUGAUCGGUGCAGAUGGACGCAGAAACACGCUAGACGGUGAGAAGAACACAUGAUGGGGAUGUUAUUUGCUCUACACACUAUGUUUGACUGUGUAAACAUUGACAGUAGUCUGUAAGACCCUUGGGCAUGGCUAAAGUUGCACACCUGAACAAUAUGAGCCUUGUCUUGGAAACAUUUUCAACUAAAGAAGGGGCAAAAAUGACAGACUUUGGCCCUUAGCUUGCCAGUCAUAAACACUUUAUGGUCAUAAAAUACUUCAAAUGUCAGUCAUAUCUUAAAGGGAAGGUCCAAUAGAACUGCACACAAGGUGUUCCAGUAUGUGAGAGGAAACAUGCCUGAGGGAAUAAGUUGUGCUGAGCUAUUAACCUAAAUUUUUGUUUUAUUUAUUCGGUUAUUACACAACUAAUUGACCGACAUUUAGUUAAUAUUUUUUCCUUAGCCCAAUGCUCCGUUUCUCUAGAGAGGAAUCCAAUCAUUCACAAGAGAAAUCAAGAAGUAUGUGGGACGCUGGGCUGAAGGGAGUUGUAGUUUUCAUUAAGCAAAUAAUCAACCUAGUUCAACACAAACUUGGUAAUUAACUACAAUGACCAUAAUCCAUUGUGCCUGUUUUUUCCAUCUCAGCCAGAGAUGGAUACACUUUUACACCUGCUACUUUAGGUUCGAUACACACAGACCAUGAGAGGAAUGUACACAACAACAAUGAGAGAGAGGGAUAGAGACAGUUCGUGAAAGUAUGUCCUUAUCUACUUUGAAGAACUAGUAAAAUGAUUGUCAGACAGCUCUGCAGCAUACUUAGGCAGGUUAGCCUAGCUAAAUAGGAUGACUGAAGACUGCACAGAGAUAAUAUUGUCUGUCUGGCUGGCUGGCUGCUACUGCCUGAGCAGAGAUGUGAAGAUGACUUUAAGGAAUGAAAAAUAAUAAUAAUCAAAUGAAGUAAUAUAACUUAAAUAUCUUAUUUCAAUAGAAAAAAGGAAAUUACUAUGACGUCUACAGUAUGUGGAUCUGACAGACAAUGGAAUAUUUUCAAUGUUUUGAAUGUUCACUAUUUUUGGCUUUGGAAUUUUCAUUAAAAAGCUCUAAAAUCAUAUUUUUGGGGGUUUUGUUAAUCGAAAACCGGGAUAAUUUUUUGGGACUACUCGUCUUCAUCUGCAGUUAAUUCUAGAUAGUGCAGGGAACCUUUGACCUGUGUCAGAGCACAUUACCCGGAAGUCCACCUGAGAAGAUGAACAGCUUGUAUACGGAUGGAACCUGGUCAUGUGACAUGGGUGAAAGUCAAUUACAGUAUUGGCAUCGGUCUUGAGUGUAGUCUGUACCUAAAAAGGAAAAUAAAUGGGUUAGUUGUCACCCAGACAAGAGUAUUGCUCAGAAAAAGUUCAAAUGUAGUAUUUUAUAAUGCCCCUAAUGCUUGUGUUGUUUUAUAUUAUUAUUUGAACCUUAUCAGCCUGUAGUUCCUUAUAACACUAAAAUGAUUACUCUGUGAUAAGUCAAUCUGACCCAGUUUAAUCCGGUAUAAAAUGAUUAACUUCCAAGAUGUUCUGUGUCAGCAGAACAAUAAUGAUGCUUUGCCGUGUACUGUAGGUUUCGGGAGGAAAGAGUUCCGGGGCAAGCUGGCCAUCGCCAUCACAGCCAACUUCGUCAACAGGAAUACCACAGCCGAGGCCAAGGUGGAGGAGAUCAGCGGAGUGGCCUUCAUCUUCAACCAGAAGUUCUUCCUGGAUCUCAAAGAGGAGACCGGUGGGCCAUCUCACAAACCUGACCCCACACACACCUACUGUACCCCUCUCCAGGGCAUUGACCUCUAGCCAGGUCUUAGAUCUGUUUGUGCGAUCUUGCCAACUCUUAUGGUCAUUGAUGUGCGACCAGGCUAAUUUACUUCGAGAAUGCUGUUUCCCCUAGGUGUCAUCACAUCAGUCCAGUGGGAACCGCAAUAUGUUUUAAUCAAUGAAACCAGUGUGGCUCCUACGAAGAAGGGAGUGUUUAUGCUGAAGUACGAGCCUGUCGGGUAGAUAAGAAAUGCUUUCCCAUGUUAACACACCUUGGAGGAUCUAGUGCUGCUGAUUCUAGCAGCCUGCUUAGCUUUGUGAGGUUCAGCAGCGUGAAGACAGGCCGGAAUCCCCUCCCCUCCAAUCCCCUCUUAAUGAAAGGGUCGUGUCCCAUCACUCACAUUUUUAUAAGAUACACACUGGAUUUGGAACAUGAUCCACUGAGCCAGUCCCUACUGUACGACCGGUUCAACCAAUAUGGUUGUACGGUCAACCUAGUCAACAUGACUGACAUAAAGUUGUUUAUGAAGCUUUGUGUUGUGGUUGCAGGGAUUGAUCUGGAGAACAUUGUGUACUACAGAGACAACACACACUACUUUGUGAUGACCGCAAAGAAGCAGAGUCUGCUGGACAAAGGAGUCAUCAUUCAUGUGAGUGUUUGUUUUGCUAUUUUGUGUUCUCUUCCCCAAUAUGCCACUCCCCACAGCGCAGAUAUUUACAGCUGUGCCAUUGUGCCCCAUCUGCCAGAGGGGUGCCAAAUCUUAGCCCUGGCAUUAAACUGAGAAUAAAAACACAAGACAAGAUUAUAUUGGAGUGGAGUGAGUGGGGAAAAUAUAUUGGAGUGGAGUGAGUGGGGAAGAUAUAUUGGAGUGGAGUGAGUGGGGAAAAAGUGUUGCUGGGUGAGAAGGAAUCUGGGCCAUCUGGCAGUGUGUGUGGACGUGUUUAACUAUACGUCUGUGUCUCAGUCAGGGCACCAGUGAUUACCGCCCCAUUUCAUUAGUAUCCCCAGGGAGGCCCAUCACUCACAAACCCAGCAUGCUUCUCAACAUCACACAGAGGGAGAGAGGCGCAGAGAGUUGGCAGCGGCCUCAUUUACAUGAGUCAUAACGAUGAGUACUCUGUCUCUCUGCAGGAUGCAAUGUCCUCAGAGGAUUAGGGGAAUGAGUGGGGUUAUUAUUACAACAGUACACAUUGUAUCAGGAAGAGGUCUAUUAACACAUACAGCCCUCCCUGGCUUCAUUUCCAUAAGAGAUGUUUUGUAGUGGUCUCUGAAGGCUCGUUUCCAUUUCAUACUCUCCCUUAGUGAAGACCGAGUCCUCAUCCCUCCUGCUCUAAUUGUGACCUCCGUGUGUAGAGUCUCAAAACUCUAAUUAUAGCACUGCUGCCUUGACUUGUUGGAUUUGUCAGCAAGCUCUUGAAUUGCAUCUUAAUUCCGACAAUACGUUUUGAUCAAAUAAUGUUGGUGAUUACGGUAUGAUUUGCCUGUGAGAGAGCAGAUCCGUAAGAAUAAUGGGGUAGACGUGUAGCCCCUGUAAUUGCUUACUCCCUGAGGUGAGACCUGUUCCUUUGAUGUUUCAGCAGCUGGUUAAAAUAAACUGCCUUGUACUGUAUAGUGUUUCCAGUCCUGCUUAUGUGUUCAGAAAUGUUGAACAAAACGGUCUAGGGCUACUGUAAAGUAUUUGGGGCCUGUUGUCACCCCCUCAGUCUGAUCUCUACAGGAUCAAGAGCGAUUAGAUACAGUAGGUCGGGCCCUGAUGUUCUGCUGACCAUGUGACCUGACCAGGAAAAUCUUAAGCCCCAGUUAUAGGCUACAACCAUCUCUAGGGCUACAACUAGGGCCUGGUAGAGGUUGAGCUCUGAUCCUUUCGGAGCAAUACCACUGAUUUCCCAUCAACCCUCCCUGUUUCUUGGUCCUGCAGGAUUAUAUUGAAACAGAGAAGCUGCUGGGCCGGGACAACGUGAACCAGGAGGCUCUUCUCUCCUACGCCCGCGAGGCGGCCGACUUUGGCACCAACUACCAGUUGCCUUCUCUGGACUACGCCAUCAACCACUGCAGCCAGCCCGACGUGGCCAUGUUCGACUUCACCUGCAUGUACGCCUCGGAGAACGCAGCUCUGGUCAGGGAGAAGUACGGACACCAGCUACUGGUGUCUCUGGUGGGGGACAGUCUACUGGAGGUGAGGGAGGGGUUGACUUCAUACUAGAUGUUGUACUGUUAUGGGUGAAAUGUAUACACACAACUAGGUUGUAUUCAUUUGGACGCAACGUAGAAAAAUGUAGCAAACAUUUGCAGCAGAAAACAAAGACAAGCAUUUCUUAUUGGACAACUUCAGGUUUUUCCUCCGUUUCAGUCCGUUUUUCAUCUGUUUGGUGCUUUAAUAAAUAUGGUGCAGGUAUAGAUCACUGUUAAUUUCAUUCCUCACUAUAGUGCCAGUCGAUAUUCAAAGCUAUGCCUCUCAAGUCACAAGAGCCAACAGUAGAUGUGUUGUAUGUAAAAGCAAAUCCUGUUUCAACUUGUUUGAAGAAACAAAUGUGGGAAUGGAAGGCUCCUUUUUUUUGUGGGGAUUGUUUGCCUUUGGGAUGGUUACAGUAGAUCAGAUGAGCAUGGUUUUCCCCACACAUAUUCCCUAUAGGCAGAUUAAGAACAUUUCUAGUUUGCUUAUUGUUGCUGAGCUACUAGUGUGUGUGUCCUGAAUGUAGUGUAUGAGUUAUCUUUCUCUAGCCCUUCUGGCCCAUGGGGACUGGCUGUGCUAGAGGGUUCCUGGCUGCCUUUGACACAGUGUGGAUGGUGAGGGGCUGGGCGCAGGGCAAGACCCCCCUGGAGAUCCUGGCAGAAAGGUACUACAGUAGGCUGAGGGGCGGGGUGUCACUAAAGUCAUGUUUACGUCCUUACACAGACCUAAUGUAAAUGGGAUGAGUUUCUAUUGACACUUACUUAAUCCAAAAGAUGAGAAACUGGUUUCAGUAACUGAAAAUAGCUGUCAGGUGUCUUCAUUCAAAUUAGGAUUAGAUCCAUAUUACAGGUUAGUAAAUGUUUGGUUAUCCUAUUAGUGGAAGUUAUGGGUAUUUUGUGAUGUUUACUGUUCCGCAGUAUGACAGGUCAUCUGUUGUUCGGCUUUUAACAGAAAAUGAAUGAUUUUCAUCUCCUGUUACGUUUGUAGGGAGAGUCUCUACAGGCUAUUACCCCAAACAACGACAGAGAACAUCUCAAAGAACUUUGAGCAGUACACCAUCGACCCGGUGACACGGUACCCCAACCUCAACUCCAGCUGUGUCAAGCCACAUCAGGUCUGUCUGAGAUGGAGAGUACCUCACACUUUAAACAGGUUGUGUUGUUUUAUUUAGAACAGUUGACAUUAACAUGCUUGACAUGUAUUGACAUUUGCAUGUUAAUUAAGGAUCGGACCCUUUUUUUCAAUUUUCGUCUAAAAUGACAUACCCAAAUGUAACUGCCUGUAGCUCAGGACCUGAAGCAAGGAUAUGCAUAUUCUUGAUACCAUUUGAAAGGAAACACUUUGAAGUUUGUGGAAAUGUGAAAUUAAUGUAGGAGAAUAUAACACAUUAGAUCUGGUAAAAGAUAAUACAAACAAAAAAAACAUGCAUUUUCCAUCUUUGAAAUGCAAGAGAAAGGCCACAAUAUAAUAUUGCAGUUUAGGUGCAAUUUAGAUUUUGGCCACUAGAUGGCAGCAGUGUGUGUGCAAAGUUUCAGAUUGAUCCAGUGACGCAUUGCAAUAUUGGACUAUUUUGUAUCAAGUCUGCCCAAAUAUGCAGAAUUGGUCAAUUGAUACAUUUUCAAGUACAUAACUAUAGAGAACAUACAUUUUGUAUUACCAUAUCAUUUUUGUAAGUUUACACACUCCCAGGAAUUUCAUACAUGUUGGAUCAUUAGCUUAUACACUAUCUUUCACACAUCUAGAUGGCCGGGUGGGGUGGGUGUGGAGCCAUAGACAGCAGGGGUUCAAACUGUAGAACCCAGUUCCUACAUUUGAAUAUAAAAAUGGAUUUUAUCAAACAAAACUAUGCUACAUUUUAUCUCUGGGACCCUUAGGAUGACAAAAGUACAUUAUUUGCCUUCAGAGGUGAAUGUAUCAAACCAGUUGCCAUGACACGUUUUUUGUUGCUGUGCACUCUAAAACAAUAGCAUGGUAUUUUUUCACUGUAAUAGCUACUGUAAAUUGGACAGUGCCGUUAGAAUAAAAAUAAUUUAAGCUUUCUGCCCAUAUAAGACAUUUCUAUGUCCUGGAAAGUUUGCUGUUACUUACUUACAACAGUCAUGCUAAUCACAUUAGCGCACGUUAGCUCAACCGUCCCGUAUACGGGACACCGAUCCCGUAGAGAUUAAAGAAACUCAUCUCUCUCUCUCUCAGGUGUGUCACCUGUUCAUAGACGGGCAGCAGGACUCCUGUCCUCUGGAACGACGUGGACCCACGCAUAGAUCUGUCAGUCUCUCCAGACGAGGUGAGUCUUCACAAACACAGACUGACCACAGUCUGAGACCUGUCAUCUCAAUGACUAACCCAUGUCUGAGUCAUCCUCUAAUCAUAUCAGACCGGCUCAGACCCACGUAGGCCAGGACAGAAAUUACGCCUGCAGUUCCACUCAUCAUAGAUUGUUGACUUGAAUGGAAAUGUCUGUUCUACAGGUAGCCUAGCAGUUAAGAGCGUUGGGCCAGUAACCGAAAGGUUGCUGGUUCGAAUCCCCGAGCUGACUGUGAACAAUCUGUCGAUGUGACCUUGAGCAAGGCACUUAAUGCUAAUUGCUCCUGUAAGUCGCUCUGGAUAGGAGCGUCUUCUAAAUGACUAAAAUGUAAUUGUAUUUCUAUGGCCCAGGAGCUGACCGUGAGGAUCCGUCAUUAGGGCUUAAUGGCUCCUUGUGAUGUUCUAUUGGUACUCUGAUAUGUGGUUCUCCAAUAAACUUGCAUCAGCUGAGAGUUAAUAAAAGGAACAAAAGCUUAUCACAGUUACAGGCCGUCACACCCACUUUAAACAAUGACUGCUGUCACAUUACACGAAACGGGGUCAGACAUGCCCAACAAAAGCGUGUGCUGGCCUACACUCCCCUUCCCUUACCUCCUACUCCCUUUACCUUGAAGAGGUGUUAUUACACCACUGUGAUGUCUAGAAACUCUAGCCAGUGUAGCCAGGUGUGUUUAUCGUUCUCUGUGGGUUUAUUUGGAGGAUGUCAGUGAUUGGCUGACUGAUUGGUGGACCCCUCUUCUCCCACAGAGUCGGACAUCCAGCCAAGCCGCCUCCUCACCUGGUGUCAGAAGCAGACUCGGGGGUAUAGAGGCGUGGACGUCACCAACCUCACCUCCUCCUGGAAGAGUGGCCUGGCGCUCUGUGCUCUUAUACACCGCAUCCGGCCUGACCUCAUGUGAGAGAACACACGUGUAUAUACAUUGUACACACACACACACACACACACACACACAGUCGUGGUCUUAUCACCACAAUCAAAGCACACACUGAUUAUCAUCUUGUCUGUGGCCAUGCACUGCCUUUGGUUCUGUCACAUGUUAUGCUGUUGAAAAUGUGAACAGUGACAUUGAACACUUCUGUUAAACUUAAGGUGUGGGACUCCAGAGUUAAACACUGUGCUAUAUGUCCUGAACUUUGUAGGCAACAGCAAGGUUUCUCUAAGUAGAAAAAUUAGAAAUGGCCUAAACCACACAAAGGAAAGAGCAUUUUGGUUUUCAUAUUGCACUCCAAAUGUUUAUAAAGCAUUUGAACUUACAGUAUUAGAUACUGACGGCACUUAUGAGGAGCUCCACGCCUUUAAAUGUUUCCAGUUGACCUGUGGGUGUAUUAUCCCUUACGCGGUCUUCUCAAACCAUCUUUGUGUGAGAGGGCAGCCGUGAUGACAUCAUCCCUCUGGCUCUAGCUCCACAUUCAGUAAUUCCCCCCCGCCCAUGUGAUUCCACAGUUCGUUCUGAAUUGAACCAUUUUAUGGAAAGGAAACAUGUUUAUAACAGUACUAUGGGCUGUUGCUAAGGGCCUUAGAUGUCACAUUUCAGUUCCCCUUUCAUCACUCUGUUGGUGUGGAACGAUUUAUCAAAUGCAUCAUUAAACCAACAUUCUCACUUCAUCAGGGAAACAACUUUAUUAAGAUCUUAUAGGAUGUAAACCUGAUGCCUCUUAUCUUUCUAUCUUUCUUUUUAGUGACUUUGACUGCCUGAAUGAGGAGGACUCUGCCAAGAACAACCAACUGGCCUUUGACAUAGCAGAGCGUGAGUUUGGGAUCCAGCCCAUGACCACGGGGAAGGAGAUGGCUCUGGACCAGGACCCAGACAAGCUGAUGAUGGUGCUGUACAUCUCCAAGGUUUACGAGAUGUUCCGCAACUCACCUGCAGCCAUCACUGGUAGGCUGCUGUUCUGGGUCAUUCUCUCACGCCUCAUCUGAUGCCUUACACAGGACAAAACACUUCCAGAAGUAGCUACUGCACACACGGCCCCUGCUCAAGAGCGUCUACUUCCUGAAGCCCCAGAAAUGUAAAUGUCAUGCACAAUGGUGACAUAAUAGGACCCUGAAUUCCGAUAUGUUACCUACCAUACUUCCUAUUGAAAAUAAUGUUGCUAUAAUGCCUACUAUUCUCCAUGAAUUACUCCAUAACUGUGGGGUUUUACUACUCCUAAGGUUUGCUAUAUCUCAGUUACAUGCAGUAUUCUGAAGGUUAGAUUGAGGUAAGCUUCAAUCCAUAAUGAGGAUGGUGUGUGACUGAGCGGUUAUGACUUUGCGUCUGUCAUGGUAGGAUAGGAUUGCAUGUUACACAAAAGCAUGUAGGCCCCAGUUCAGGUCACCUCACCCUCAUGGUAAUAAUAAUGCCUCUAUGAUCUAUAGCGCUACCUUUAUAGAAUACAGUAGGCAUUAUGGGAUGUCAUUCAACAAGAAUAAUGAUUUAGCCAGAUAAUUGGUUAAUGGGGGAACUAAUGGGUAAUGCCCUCACAAUAGUCUGACACUUGAUUAAUCAUAUUGAACCCAUUUCCAACUGUGGAUACUGUAGUCUUUUGUUUGUGAUUUUAUUUUCACAUUUCUCUAAUAUCUGGUUACCCUCUUGAUUUGGCCUGACCUGGUUUGGCUGGUUGAAUAAUAUCACGUAUCAAAAUGCCCAUUACAACACGCUGCUAUGCUUUGUUACAGGUACAAGGGAAACGGAUGAGAACAAUGAGGACUCUUCAUCAGAGUCUGCAAACUCAGUUUACAACUUAAUGAACCAAACACAGCCAAGAAAGAGGAUCCCAAAGGUACCAUGAGCUCUCCCUCCCCCUCUUCCUCACCCAUCUGCAGGCUUUAAAAGGAAAGCAUUGCAACAACAAAGGCCUCCAUGUAAAUCAGAUUUAGCCUACGUAAAGUGUUUGUGUCAACAUAGGUGCAUGUUAACUUUGCAGAUAAAAGCAAUUCCUCCGUGCCAAUAGGAGUAGAUAAGGUAUGUGAACGAGAGAUAAUCUAGAUCUUCCAAGGCAUACUUUCUUAUCAAUAACCCUCAGACUCCAUAACCUUUGACUGGGACGUGAAUGAGGUGAAUAAAUGGUGUAUUUUGUACUACCUUUUCCUCACAGGAGGACAAGAAGCUGGAGGAAAAGGACCCAAUGAGCAAAAGACGACGAAAGGGCAGCAACUACUUAGAGGAGGUGUGUUGGUAGCAUCAAGUAUAUCUCUAUCAGCAGUAUGGUCUUAGACAGCACCAUUUGAAUGUCGAUAAGGGACUGGUCAUUCAUUUGUGUCUUCUCUUCCUCUCCAUGGCUGGUUGUGUCUCCAGUUGUCCUGUCAGAGUGCCCCCCCUGCAGGCGAGGGCGGGGAGCAGAAUAAGGUGCGCUCCAUGGCCACCCAGCUGCUGGCCAAGAUUGAGGAGAAUGGGGCACCCGGCGGUGCCCUGCGCAAGAAGGUGAGCAGCUCCAGCUGUAGUGUACUCUGACCAGAGGGGUUAAUGGUUAUGGUCCCUGUACACUGUGCUGUGUAGAGACAGUGACUAAUAUCCCAGUAAGGCAGGUAAUGUGGAUGGUUGCGUACUGACUACUCGAUGCGCUCAGUGCUGAUGGUUACUGUAAGACUCUUCAGUUCUAGACUGUAUGUUGGCCCAACAUCAUACUACCUUUUAAGACUGAAUGUUCAUGUUGUCUGUACGUUUCUUCUGAUGGCUAUCUGGUUUUAGAAUCAAUCUGUACCACUGUACGACUGCAUGCCGGCAGUCUUUUCAAAUGUUUGCCUGUCGUUUUAUGAAAUUGUAUUUUUAGGCCAUACACAGACCGGUCUUGUCUUAUGUUGAAGGAUGGUACUGUGUGCUACAAUGUGGUAUUGUAUGUCUGUGUAUUCAGUUCUGGGAGAGAUUAGAAAAGGACAUUCAUUUCAUAGACCUGUUUUUACAUUAGGGGAGAGCCCACAUGCCCUUGUAUCCAAUUCUGCAGCGUUGCUGCUACCAUAAUCCUGUUUGAAUACAGCCCAUUGUGUUGGAAGACUGGAAAAUGGGACAAAUCCUCCACUCCUCCUCCCACUGCCCUUGGGUACACUGAAACUCCUGAGUGGCGCAGCGGUCAAAGGCACUGCAUCUCAGUGCUAGAGGCGUCAUUACAGACCCCCUGGUUAGAUUCCAGGCUGUAUCACAAUCCGGCCGUGAUUGGGAGUCCCAUACGGCGACGCACAAUUGGCCCAGCGUUGUCCAGUUUUGGCCGGGGUAGGCCGUCAUUGUAAAAUAAGAAAUUGUUCUUAACUGACUUGCCUAGUUAAAAAAAAAACAUUAAUAUAUAUAUAUAUACAGUUUGAGGACAAAUUCUAAUUAAACUUUUCCUCUUUCUCCUUCCUAUGUUUUUGUGAGGGGUAGCUUAUUGGUAAUGGUCAAGAAAGCUAUGAAGAGAUUGAAGAUUAUUUAUUGUAUUGUUUUACUUCCUACAAUAACAUACUUCUAAUAUAUGGACCACUACAUUAGUCACACAGUAAGAUGAUCUACUGCUGUCUAAGAAGAGGGAGGCUGUCCCUGGAUUAUAGGAUUAUAGAAGGUUGUGCAUUUGAAACCUUGAUACAGAAGUGAAUACAGUUUGAUCUGCCUGUGAAGCCCUAGGAAAGGACUGAGUGGCUCUGUUAGCAGGGUAUCUGUUCAAAUACUCUAACUAAAUGCCUUGAAAUAUCUGAUUAUGGUGUUGAAUGCCAUGGUUAUGGAACACAUACAGUGUAAUGGAUGGCAGCAGUGUGUGGUUUUGAAUGGUAGUACAGAAACCAAUCAUUCUGUACUGCUCCUCUGUCCCUUCCUGCAUUCUCUGUGUCUGCUGCUCUGUCAGUCUGAUUGGGACUCUGAUUCAAGCCGUCCUUCAUCUCCUUCUCUGGAUAUGACGGAGAACCCUCGCUUCGCUAAGCCCAAGGAACAGCCCCCUCCUCCACCCACACGCCCCAAGUGGCAGGUACAAUCAAAUCACCCAAGCUGUGUGUUGAGACCAGGAAGGGUCAGCCACUGCAUCAUAAACCAAGUAAUGUAGUUUAAAAAUCCCCCACACCCUAACCUAUAGCCUAUGAUAACAAAAUAAUCAAUGGUUAAAAAUCACCAUAGUCUAGGACAAGAGUCUUUGAAAAGACACCCCUUUUACUCGACUCACUGUAGACAGUGAUGACCCUGGAGGUUCGCCCUCUACUGGCUGGAGGUCAGUUCUGCUUUACACAUUGCCAUGUGUGUAUGUCUGCUUUCAGCCAUCCAUCUAUAUGCGACUCUUAGAAGAGCCUGCAGCUGUGGCGCAACCCACUCCCCUGUACGUACCCACAAGGUCCUGGAGUCCUCCACAGGAUGAUCAAACACAUGCCUCUCCGCGCGCAGAGUUCGUGCAGCAGAGAGUGUGGAUUCCACGCACCGAAACCCCAGACGAUGUAGAUUACCCAGAACACCCCUCUCCUGACCCGACAGGGAUGGGCCAGCACAUAGAGAAGCUGGGGGACAAGAUGAACCAGGUGACAUGAGCCUGUGGUCUGUAUGGACAGCAUGUUAGCUCCAUUCACAGCCAUGCACUCACAGUAAAACAAUGUUUGUGUGGAUAAUGGAUUCAAGCCCAUUCAACAUGGUAAAUCCAAUUCUGCCUUAGCCACAAAAGUCUAGCAGAUGGCACAACACGCCAACAAAAACACCAUUGUUCGAAAGGUACAAAAUUGCUAAAUGGUGUUUAUACCCCACAUCAAUUUAAAUGUGGAUUAUAACUGCUGUUCAGUAUUUAUAGUUUUUACUUGCCUAUUUCCUGCAGUUUGACUUUCACACUUUUUUCCUUUACCUGUUGCUGUUCUUCAGACAAAAGUGCAAACCGUAACGACUAGGGAGUUUAACAGAAUGAGUAUAAAGGAGAGGGCUGUGCUCCUGCGUUCUAUGUUCCCUGGGUCCAAGACUCCUCAAGUGAAAGAGUAUAAGGUGAAAGUGUUGUACCACCCCUCGCCUGCCUGUCUAACCCCAUCUAAGGAAAUGAGGCACAGUAAUGUUUGUCCUUGUACACGAGUUCUGUUUGACUGUCUCACCCUGUUUGGAAUAAUAAAAUGUCACCAGUCAAACCUACUCACAUUUACUGAGAGUGGAGCAUGUUUUUGAAGUCUGGUAACAGCUUGAUAAUCCAUUUUAAAUGAAUUUAGUGGCAGAGGUUGUUUUCUUGCAGCAUGUCUGGUUUCCAUGGUGUUGCGGUUCUGAGAAUUCCAGGUCAGGUGACCUCCCUCUGCAUGAUGAACGUUGUCUGUGAUACUAAUGAGGGAAUGUUGAUAUAAAGGAUGAGCUGUUGAAUUUUUCUCUGACCAAUAGUUUUUCUCCGACUUAUAUUAAGCUUACAUCAGUAUCAUGGUGGGAUGUGAAGGGUUAGAUGUCUUGGAGAUUUCUCUCAUUUCUGAUGUGAACAAUUUUUCUACAGCCAGAUCUAUCAACCUCUGCUCAAGACCCCUCUGCCUCUGUCCCUAAAAGCACUUCAAUCCAACCUGUCCCUGAACCCUCUGCUCUUUCCUACUUCUCUUCUCUUACCCCAACAUCUCCUGUGCACCAUGACAAGGUAAGGACGGCUGCCGCUAGCAGCUCCUUGUUGUGCUCCUCAGUGACCAUCCAGAACUCCCAAAAUAUCAGUUUACUCUGACCAUGUUUGGAUUGAUUUUAGUGCAGUGGAAGUGCUGCAUCAAGUAGACUCAUUCAAAAGCCAAUCGAACGUUCUGUGAGUUAUCAAGCUGAACCAUUCAAGCCUGACAAUUCUACCGAACAGGUACCAGUAAUUUGAAAUGCAUUGGAAGUGUAAGAAUAGAGGAACGACUCAACUCACUGAGUCGGCUCACUCUGACAUGUUGUUAUUGAUGUUAGUGCAAUGGGAGUGCUGCAUCAGGUAGACUCAUUCAAAAGCCAAUCAAUCGAUCUGAGAGUUAUGAAGCUGCCCCCAUAGUCCACCGAACAGGUAUCAGUAAACUUGUAAGAAUAGAAGAGACUUGUCAGCUCACUCUGACCAUGUUUUAUUUAGCUUUUAGUGCAAUGGGAAUGCUGAGACUAGUAGAAUAAUUUGAUCUGAGAGUUAUGAAGCUGAACCCUUAGUCUGCCCAACUGGAAUCAGUACAAAUGUGAAAUAUAAGAAUAGACAACAGAUUCUUAGUGUAAGUCUAUUAAAUCAGCUCUCUCUUACCAUGUUCUUAUUGGUUUUAGUGCAAUGAGAGUGCUGCACCAAGUAGAAUGAUUCAAAAAACAAUUGUUCGAUCUGAAAGCUGUCCAGCUGAGCCCUCUAAUCCUGCCAGACAGGUAUCAGUAACAACUGCAUAUCUUUUCAUUGCUGAGUAGAAAUAUAAAUUUCUCUAUUUUCCUUGAUCCUUACUUUUUCCCUUUCUUUGUCUGCCUCUGCUGCUGCCUCCCUUGACCUCUGACUGGGUUCUGUUAGCGGACAGUUGGGAAGGUAUCCUCUCGCAUAGGUGCUAGGGCUGAAACUCUAGCCAUCCUCUAUGAAACUGACCACAGGCCUAAUGCCUCGCCGGUAAGCACAGUGUGAUUAACAAUUGCCCAGUGGGAAUAUACAUCACAAGACACACACACACAAACAAACAAACAAACAAACGAGGGCUCUAUAUCUAUUACCAACCCAAGGUCUCUACUACCAACUUCAGGAGUGUUGGUAACCAUCUAAACAACAACCAAGUCAUGCCUACUGCUUCAGGAUACUACAUCUGUUACUAGUAGAAAAGAGGGACUGUGUACUGUAAAACAUUCUGACCUGAAUCUUACGGUGAAUUCUCCAGUCAUGAGCCAUGGUGUUUUGUGUAAAGGCCUGACUUGUUCCUCAUGGCCUUAUUACUAAUUUGGUUAGUAGGUUGUAUUGUACUUGGUGUUGAUGUUACUCUUCAGUCUGGGUGGUUCUCUGAUGGCAUGCUCACUAGUUUAAUACCACUGCCUGCCUUAGCAUCCACAGUAGGGUUACAUGUUAACUUAUUAGGUGGUCACACCACCACCUAAUACUGUACACUGCUAGAAUAAAUAGUGUUCUAUACAACCAAAAAGGGUUCAUUAGCUCCCUAAGCUAACAGCUUGCCUAUUAUGUUCUCUCCCUAACCUGCUGCUGUUGUCUGCUGUCUCCUGACAGUGUGUUGGAAGGAAGGAGUUCCCUCAGAACCUGGGAGGCAGUGACAUGUGUCACUUCUGCUCCAAGCGUGUGUACGUGAUGGAGCGUCUCAGCGCUGAGGGCCACUUCUUCCACAGGGAGUGUUUCCGCUGUGACAUCUGCAGCUCCACACUACGCCUGGGAGGACACGCCUACAACUCCCAACAGGGUAUGAUCCUGACACACCCAUAUACCAGUCUCUCUUCCACCUGGGGGCAGAAGCCGUUUGUGGAUUUAUUUGAUAUUUAGUAUGAGAUUUGAUGUGUUUGUUACAGGCAAGUUUUAUUGCAAGCUUCACUAUUCUCAGCGCCAACCCAGCCUUCAAAAUUCAAGCAAGUUCCAGAGGAGAACGGUAAACAGCUUUCAGUAACAAACAUAAACUGUCAUUUUUACUUAGGAUGUAUUGUUAUGUUAUUCAUUAUUUUUUAUAAAUGUUUUAUUCAUUAGUCACUGCUUAGUCUGAUUUUAUAUAUUAUGUUGUGCCUAUCACACACAGGAGGACCAGGGACAUCUGACCUCUUUGCCGGACGGGAGUGACCCCUACUCGGCCACGGGCAGCCUGCAGAGCCAGCCCUCAGGUACCCUGAGUUCCUUCCUUAGGAGAAGCCUGCGCUGGCCUCUGCACGCUGGCCAAUCAGUGUGUGAGACGCCCCGCCGGCUGGCCUGCUGGGUGCAUGGGGCAGUCGGCCAGGUGGGGCUCCACCUCAGGGAACGCUUAGAGGACUAUGGUUUCCUGUACGAGCUGCUGAGUCUGGGCCUGCCACUACUGAGCAUGCUGCACGAGCUCCUGGGCCAGAUUUACAUGGAGGCUGAGCAGCCUGAGCCUCGGCCCCAAGGCCCACUGCACUGGGCCCAGCAGCGUCUAGGCCUCAGGGCCACCUAGAGUCAUGGACUUAAUGCUGUACUGUGCUCUCUGACGCAAGUCCCUGAGCUACAGCAGUCUGCACAAUGUAGAAUUCUUUAUGCAGAUUCAAAAAAUAUGUUCAAUUUCAAAAGUCUUUCUUCUAUUCUUUUUGAUUUUACGACAAUAAACAAUCUUUAUGUUCAUAAAAGUAUUAUUCCAAGUGCGAUGCAUGGUCCUUAAAGGGAUACUUUGGGAUUUUGGCAAUGAAGCCCUUUAUCUACUUCCCCAGAGUCCGAUGAACUCAUGGAUACCAUUUUAUGUCUCUGCAUCCAGUAUGAAGGAAGUUGGAGGUAGUUUUGCGAGCCAAUGCUCCACUAGCGUUAGCGCAAUGACUGGAAGGCUAUGGUAUCUACUAGCAUGCUAGCAGUUACCAUAGACUUCCAGUCAUUGCGCUAGUUAGCAAUUGCACUAAAGCUAGUUAGUAACCUCCUUCAAAAUACAGAUACAUAAAAAUGGUAUCCAUUAGUUCAUCUGACUCUGGGGAAGUAGAUAAAGGGCCAAAGUCCUGAAGUAUCCCUUUAACAUUGCAAAACGUCAUGAAUCCUUUCAAUUGCUUGACAUUUUUUAUUUCAGUAUUGCUUUUUUUUUUUGUAAUCCAAAAAGGGUCUACUAAAAGCACUGUACUUGACUUGGUGGGACUGCGAAGGCUGUGUGUAGUGCCUGGUGUGCUUGUGUUGUGUGGAGUCUGUUGAAUGGAGUCCUGCUCUUUCUUGAACUGCACUGCUAUAUUGCACCUGUGAGGCGUGCAAUGGAAAUGCCAAACAGUUAUUUUUUUGCAUUUCACAAGCAUUUUUCUAAGAGCCUAUAUCGUUGCUAUAUUUUUAUGUGUAUAUUUUUGUUUUAGAAUUUGCUUUCACAUUAUUAUUUUUAUAGAUUUGUCUAGUGCAGUUUAAUGGGACACGUUUGAUUUUAGAUUAAUCUGAUUGUAACUCCCGUUGUAAAAUAUUAGAUGGGUCUGGAAACACUGAGAGGAUCCUCAUGUUUACCUCUUACACCAGGUACUGUAGCAAAUUCUUCCAAAGAAACAUUGUUUUUCUUUGAAAUAUUUAGUUAUAGUUCUUUGCUUUUGUGCUGCUUGGAUCACAAGCCUUGGAUUUGACGCACAUUUCUGCAAAUAUUCGAAUAUGCAAAUGAUCACAGGAAUGUUUGUGCUGAAUCAAUAGCUUGGUCCGGUAGUACAGUGUUAUGACUUAUUUUUCAAAAGGAUUGCUAAGUGUUCCAGUGAUCUUGUGUUGCAACAAAGUUUGUUCUUUUAUUUGUGAUUCUUAGUAUUUUUGUCAUGUUUUCCCUUCCAUAUUUCUCAAAUUUCAUUCACACACACACACACAACAAUCGUCGUGAUGGCCUGAAUCGUUGUGGCAGGAAGGUGAUGGCCUGCUUAGGUCACAUGAUCAAUAUUGUUGCUUUGCAUUCGCUUCCACCAUAGCUCUUCUUGACCACUCAUUAACCAUUCAUGUUGAGAACGCGGCAUGGGUCCUAUGUAUGGCAACGGGUUCAUUCAGUUAGCCACACAUUGUUUGUUAAUUACGUCACUAGGUGUAUGACACGCAUGUUUCAAAAGCCUUUAAUUCUUCCAAGCUAACCCACUAACAGACGUUCUGUUUUCUUUCUAACACACAAUGUGUUGAAGGGCUGAAUGUCUGAGUUUUUGGCAUGCAGUUUCUUCAAGUCUUUUUGGCUGCCCCAUCUGAUAGUAACUUCCGUCUCCACGUCUAUGUCCCCCUGUGAUUCUCUGUUGCAGAAGGCGCUUACCACUCAGAAACCUUCUCAAGGGCUCUCAUGUUCCUCCUAAUACAAAGCUGAGCUCAUUGCUCAUGACAAGAUCCUAGUUUCUUUGGGGCACAAUUCUGCAAGUCGGCUCCAGAAUAUGUUGUACAUUUUUAGUUGUGUUUAUAAGAUUUGGUCUGCUACCUUGUAUUUUUCCACAGUGAAUAAACUGUUUGAUUAAUUUAUGCUAUUUAAAGCUGUAAGUAUAAAUAAAUCUAUUUCAUUACAUAAGUUACUUGCUUCCUCCCUUUUUGAAUAUUUUUUAAAACAAUUUAGCCAAAUUUACCAACUAUUAUCGAUUUUAUUUUGAAGCUGUCAAUGGUUGUCAUAUAGCAUAUCAUAGUGGAUCCAUUGCAAUUAUGACAUUCUCACAGCUUUCAAAUUAACAGCAGAAUGAACAACUUAAAUGUUAGACUUUGCAAGAAAGAAGCCUUUUUGCACCAGCACCCUCACAUUAAUAACCCUGUCACAAGCAUAACCUCUGUUUACAAAAAACUUGUUUGACUGGCACAUUCCCACGCACUUAACAACACCUGAAUUUCCCUGGACAGUGUCGCUCAGCCCUGUUCAUUCCCCAGUCGGUCAUGUGUUUUUUGGGGGAACUGAGUGACACUUUUCUAGGGAGCGGUUACUUUUAUUUUAUUUCCCCAAAUAGCAUACAUUAGACCCAAUGCAAAAGUGUCUCAACUAUGAACUGAAUUCAAAUAAUAGUAACAGACCAUUACACGCAUCCUUUCACUUUAUGGGUUUCUCUUUCAGGGUCUUUCUCAUCUUUCUAUUUGGGUCAUCCUUGGGUCAUCUCUGGGUCAAAGUUUUUGUUUGUUUGUUAUUCUGUAUUGGAAUCCUAACACAAUGUGACAUCAACAGUAUUGUUUGGUAAAUUGCCCUAAACUAAUUUUUCGGAAUCAGCACCUCAAGUACCGGGAGACCCAUGGGGCGGCGCGCACAAUUGGCCCAGCGUCGUCCAGGGUAGGGGAGGGAUUUGGCCGGCAGGGGAUGUAGCUCAGUUGGUAGAGCAUGGCGUUUGCAACGCUAGGGUUGUGGUUUCGAUAAAAAUAAUGUAUGCACUAACUGUAAGUCGCUCUGGAUAAGAGCGUCUGCUAAAUGACUAAAAUGUAAAUGUAAAUGAAGUAGGAUGUUGUUUAUGUAUGUUGAAGCUGUGUUGCCUCGACAAUUAGACACACCCCCACAUCCAUAGUAUACUACACAACCUAACCAACCCAUUCAGUUACUGAUUCAGAUACAGAGCAUGCCACACACAUAUACGUAGAUGUCUAGAUAAUGUUUGUAUAGGUUUUUCCUUUUCUUUAUGGUUAUGAAGUGUACUUGAACUAAAUGGAGGCACCUCUCAAAAUAAUCUAUGAAACAAUGUUAUCAACAUGGCUUCAGUUUGGUUCUGUGAGUAAUCACUAGCAUGAAUGUUCCCUUUAAUGUUUCAUAUCACAUGGUUGGUGUUUCUUAAAUGGUUUUUAUAUUAUAUUUUAACACAACACUUUUCCAAAGUCUCAAUUUAUACCUGUGUGUCUACAGAUAAAUAAAUACAAAAUAUAUAUAUAUGAGAGAGAUAAGACUGUUUAUUGCAUGCUGACUAGUGCAAAUAUAUAAAGUAAGGUAACAUUUUUGUACUGUUAUUACCAUAGCAGUAAUGCAGCCUGGUUGUGUGUACUAGACAGUUAAAGCCAGACACAUUUGCACAUAGCAAGUGCAGUAGCUUUGUAACCAUCCUAGCUGUCCUAGUUUGUUGGAGUGCACUUUCUCAUAAAUAGCAAUAAUAAUAAUAAUAAUAUGGAACAAUGUAGUAUGUGAAUUUAGCCUAAUAAGAUGUACAUUUUCAGGACGUCACUACAGAUACACAGGCCUGAUGAAUGGACUGUACACCCGCACGGUGCCUGAGGUGGCCAAGGACGCAGUGGACCUGGACAUGCCUGACUCCAACAAGACGUGAGUCCACUACUACAGAACAACCCUCAAUGUGUCCUUAUUCACAUAUGGAUAUUUGCCGUUGCUUAUUGUUUGUGUGUUGUCCAUGUCUUUUUGCAGUGCUGACUCUAAGAAACGGGACCACUCAGAUACAUCUCUCAAACCACAAGAUUCUGCACAGGAGAAGAAAGGUGUGACGUCUCUGACAUUCACCCACAUGAGAAACACAUUAGCCUGAUGAUUUCCCCUAGCUUCAGCCAUAGCUAUUUCCCUAUUCUCGCCGUCCUCAGCCUUGACCUUGUAGCAGCCUAACUUCUCUCCCAGCAUCAUUACAGGCAUCAGUCUGGAUAUCUAGAGCAUGUAGGAAAUAAUUCAGACUGUUUAGUGAUUAUAGCCCUGGUACUGUGGGAUAUAGACUUUGUUUAUUAGGGUCUGAGUGAGUGUGUUAGGAGCAGCCCACCGUGCUCUGUUUCCCCGUGUGUGAGAUCCCACUCCUCCAGUUAAGGCUCUGAAAUCUGGGGUGAGGCAGACAAAGCCAUUCUCCCACAUUAAGUGAAUAUUUGUCUUGGCAUGGGGAGCGCUGAGCACUGUGACUGGCUUGAACAUUCUGUUCGGCUGCACAGAUAGGGCUGUCUAUAGGCCACAGUUGUUCUGUUCCCCACGCUACAUUUGCUGGGCUCAGUUGAAAGGUUUGCGACGCCACCCCAUGGCUGAAAUGGAUCACCCUCAAACUCUGUAAAGAGACCUCUCAUUCGCUUACAUACUUUGUAAAUGUAGAACUAUACUGUAGCAUAGUUUAUCAUUGUUGUUUGACAGACAUCCAGUUAAAAUGUGUUGCCACAGUAGUGUUGGCACAGAUCAAUACUGUAUGUGUUGUUGUGAUACAGGUUACUUAUUACGCCCACUCUCCCUGCAGAACAUUCCAGUACCAAGUCAUCCCUCCCAUCUGGGAACAGCAGAUGGAAGAGGAUGAUCCGUGCUAGUGAGUAGGCUACCUCUGCUGUUGACAAUCUGACAUGAUCCUUAUAUCAGUCCUAUCUAGAUCACCUCCUUUCCUUAUCCUCCUACAGGCAUAAUUUCACCCCUUCUUAUUCCCUGCUGUGGCGUUACUAGCUCUGAUAUGUGUUUUGUAGAAGUGUUAGAGAAUUUUCACUGCAAUGCAUAGCGAGCUUUUGCAGCUGGGGCCUGUGGUUCUCUGGGAAUGUACUUCAGGGCUUUAAUUAAUAAUCCCAAUGAGAAAAAAUUACAGUUCACUGACUGAUGGUGUUGAAGUCUUGCGUGAGAAUCAGAGUUAAAUGAAAGAUUUAAAAGCUGAAGUGAGAACUCACACACACUAGAGGGAGUUGGUGUUCUUUGGGAAAAAUAGUUUUAAUUUUUGUUUUGGUCUGGAGUUGUCUAUAAUUUGAAUUAGAUUAGUGUUUGGAAGAGGUUACUUUUCGGGAUAGACCGCAUUAUAACUGUGCUCUCUUGCUGAUAAAACGUAAUGAUUCUGGUUUCUUCAACUCUUUAGAACUGUAAAGAUUUUGCAUACGUUAUUUGAACAUUUCAGACAUGAUUGGUUAUUCAUGCGUAAUGAUCCUUAUAUGAUACACAAUGACAACACCGGUUGGUUAUGAAUGUAGCAUAUGUGUGUUAAUGAGCACGUAUCUGAGUAGUGUGUUAAGUCUGAUCUACCUAUUUCAGUUUAAUCCACCAGAAAAGACAGAACAAAUAUUAAAACAAAUAUUAUCGUUAAACUCAAAUAUACUAAUUGAUUAAAAAUAUAUAUACAGUGAGGGAAAAAAGUAUUUGAUCCCCUGCUGAUUUUGUACGUUUGCCCACUGACAAAGAAAUGAUCAGUCUAUAAUUUUAAUGGUAGGUUUAUUUGAACAGUGAGAGACAGAAUAACAACAGAAAAAUCCAGAAAAACGCAUGUCAAAAAUGUUAAAUUGAUUUGCAUUUUAAUGAGGGAAAUAAGUAUUUGACCCCUCUCAAUCAGAAAGAUUUCUGGCUCCCAGGUGUCUUUUUAUACAGGUAACGAGCUGAGAUUAGGAGCACACUCUUAAAGGGAGUGCUCCUAAUCUCAGCUUGUUACCUGUAUAAAAGACACCUGUCCACAGAAGCAAUCAAUCAGAUUCCAAACUCUCCACCAUGGCCAAGACCAAAGAGCUCUCCAAGGAUGUCAGGGACAAGAUUGUAGACCUACACAAGGCUGGAAUGGGCUACAAGACCAUCGCCAAGCAGCUUGGUAAGAAGGUGACAACAGUUGGUGCGAUUAAUCGCAAAUGGAAGAAACACGAAAGACCUGUCAAUCUCCCUCAGCCUGGGGCUCCAUGCAAGAUCUCACCUCGUGGAGUUGCAAUGAUCAUGAGAACGGUGAGGAAUCAGCCCAGAACUACACGGGAGGAUCUUGUCAAUUAUCUCAAGGCAGCUGGGACCAUAGUCACCAAGAAAACAAUUGGUAACACAUUACGCUGUGAAGGACUGAAAUCCUGCAGUGCCCGCAAGGUCCCCCUGCUCAAGAAAGCACAUAUACAGGGCCGUCUGAAGUUUGCCAAUGAACAUCUGAAUGAUUCAGAGGAGAACUGGGUGAAAGUGUUGUGGUCAGAUGAGACCAAAAUGGAGCUCUUUGGCAUCAACUCAACUCGCCGUGUUUGGAGGAGGAGGAAUGCUGCCUAUGACCCCAAGAACACCAUCCCCACCGUCAAACAUGGAGGUGGAAACAUUAUGCUUUGGGGGUGUUUUUCUGCUAAGGGGACAGGACAACUUCACUGCAUCAAAGGCACGAUGGACGGGGCCAUGUACCGUCAAAUCUUGGGUGAGAACCUCCUUCCCUCAGUCAGGGCAUUGAAAAUGGGUCGUGGAUGGGUAUUCCAGCAUGACAAUGACCCAAAACACACGGCCAAGGCAACAAAGGAGUGGCUCAAGAAGAAGCACAUUAAGGUCCUGGAGUGGCCUAGCCAGUCUCCAGACCUUAAUCCCAUAGAAAAUCUGUGGAGGGAGCUGAAGGUUUGAGUUGCCAAACGUCAGCCUCGAAACCUUAAUGACUUGGAGAAGAUCUGCAAAGAGGAGUGAAUCCCUCCUGAGAUGUGUGCAAACCUGUUGGCCAACUACAAGAAAUGUCUGACCUCUGUGAUUGCCAACAAGGGUUUUGCCACCAAGUACUAAGUUUUUUCUGGUUUUUUUUGUUGUUAUUCUGUCUCUCACUGCUCAAAUAAACCUACCAUUAAAAUUAUAGACUGAUCAUGUCUUUGUCAGUGGGCAGACGUACAAAAUCAGCAGGGGAUCAAAUACCUUUUUCCCUCACUGUAUCUUUGGAAAAAAUGUUUAAAAACGGUAUAGUCUUUUUAAAUAGGACUGGUGGAGUUACAGUACAUUCGGAAAGUAUUCAGACCCCUUGACUUUUUCCACAUUUUGUUAGGUUACAGCCUUAUUCUAAAAUUGAUUAAAAAAAAAUAAUUCUCAUCAAUCUACACACAAUAUCUGAAAUAUCACAUAAGUAUUCAAACCCUUUACUCAGUACUUUGUUGAAACACCGUUUGCUAGCGAUCACUUGAGUCUUGGGUAUGACCUACAAGUUUGGCACACCUGUAUUUGAGGAGUUUCUACCAUUCUUCUCUGCAGAUCCUCUCAGCUCUGUCAGGUUGGAUGGGGAGCGUCGCUGCAUAGCUAUUUUCAGGUCUCGAUCGGGUUGAAGUCCGGGCUCUGGCUGGGCCACUCAAGGACAUUCAGAGACUUCUCCCGAAGCCACUCCUGCAUUGUCUUGGCUGUGUGCUUAGGGUCGUUGUCCUGUUGGAAGGUGAACCUUCGCCCCAGUCUGAGGACCUGAGCGCUCUGGAGCAGGUUUACAUCAAGGAUCACUCUGUACUUUGCUCUGUUAAUCUUUCCCUCGAUCCUGACUAGUCUCCCAGUCCCUGCCGCUGAAAAACAUCCCCACAGCAUGAUGCUGCCACCACCAUGCUUCACCGUAGGGAUGGUGCCAGGUUUCCUCCAGAUGUGACCCUUGGUAUUCAGGCCAAAGAGUUCAAUCUUGGUUUCAUCAGACCAGAGAAUCUUGUUUCUCAUGGCACCUAAAGGACUCUCAGACCUUUUGGCAAACUCUAAGCAGGCUUUCAUGUGCCUUUUACUGAGAAGUGGCUUCUGUCUGGCCACUCUACCAUGAAGGCUUGAUUGGUGGAGUGCUGCAGAGAUGGUUGUCCUUCUGGAAGGUUCUCCCAUCUCCAUAGAGGAACUCUGGAGCUCUGUCAGAGUGACCAUCGGGUUCUUGGUCACCUCCCUGACCAAGGCCCGUCUCCCCCGAUUGCUUAGUUUGGCCGGGCGGCCAGCUCUAGGAAGAGUCUUGGUGGUUCCAAACUUCUUCCAUUUAAGAAUGGUGGCCACUGUGUUCUUGGGGACCUUCAAUGCUGCAGAAAUGUUUCGGUAGCCUUCCACAGAUCUGUGUCUUGACACAAUCCUGUCUCUGAGCUCUACGGACAAUUCCUUCGACCUCAUGGCUUGGUUUUUGCUCUUACAUGCACUGUCAACUGUGGGACCUUUUAUAUAGACGGGUGUGCCUUUCCAAAUCCUGUCCAAUCAAGUUGAAGAAUCAUCUCAAGGAUGAUCAAUGGAAACAGGAUGCACCUGACCUCGAUUUUUAGUCUCAUAGCAAAGGGUCUGAAUAUUUAUGUAAAUAAGGUAUUUCUGUUUUAUAUAUGUAAUAAAUGUGAAAAAAUUAUAUAAACCUAUUUUCGCUUUGUCAUUAUGGGGUGUUGUGUGUAGAUUGAUGAGGAAAAAAAUUACAAUUUAAUCAAUUUCAGAAUAAGGCUGUAACGUAACAAAAUGUGGAAAAAGUGAAGUGAAAAUAACAAGAUAACAUUUACAUUUUAGUCAUUUAGCAGACGCUCUUAUCCAGAGCGACUUACAGUGCAUACAUUUUUUUCAUACUGGCCCCCCGUGGGAAUCGAACCCACAACCCUGGCGUUGCAAACGCCAUGCUCUACAGUACCAGUCAAAAGUUUGGACACCUACUCAUUCCAGGGUUUUUCUUUAUUUUUACUAUUUUCUACAUUGUAGAAUAAUAGUGAAGACAUCAAGACUAUGAAAUAACACAUAUGGAAUCAUGUAGUAACCAAAAAAGUGUUAAACAAAUCCAAAUAUAUUUUAUAUUUGAGAUUCUUCAAAUAGCCACCCUUUGCCUUGAUGACAGCUUUGCACACUCUUGGCAUUCUCUCAACCAGCUUCACCUGGAAUGCUUUUCCAACAGUCUUGAAGGAGUUCCCACAUAUGCUGAGCACUUGUUGGCUGCUUUUCCUUCACUCUACGGUCCGACUCAUCCCAAACCAUCUCAAUUGGGUAGAGGUCGGGGGAUUGUGGAUGCCAGGUCAUCUGAUGCAGCACUCAAUCACUCUCCUUCUUGGUCAAAUAGCCCUUACACAGCCUGGAGGUGUGUUGGGUCAUUGUCCUGUUGAAAAACAAAUGGUAGUCCCACUAAGCCCAAACCAGAUGGGAUGGCGGAUCGCUGUAGAAUGCUGUGGUGGCCAUUCUUGUUAAGUGUGCCUUGAAUUCUAAAUAAAUCAGACAGUGUCACCAGCAAAGAACCCCACACUAUAACACCUCCUCCUCCAUGCUUUACGGUGGGAAAUACACAUGCGGAGAUCAUCCGUUCACCCACACCGCGUCUCACAAGGACAUGGUGGUUGGAACCAAACAUUUCCAAUUUGGACUCCAGACCAAAGGACACAUUUCCACCGGUCUAAUGUCCAUUGCUCGUGUUUCUUGGCCCAAGCAGGUCUCUUCUUCUUACUGGUGUCCUUUAGUAGUAGUUUAUUUGCAGCAAUUCGACCAUGAAGGCCUGAUUCACACAGUCCCCUCUGAACAGUUGAUGUUGAGAUGUGUCUGUUACUUGAACUCUGUGAAGCAUUUAUUUGGGCUGCAAUUUCUGAGGCUGGUAACUCUAAUGAACUUAUCCUCUGCAGCAGAGGCAACUCUGGGUCUUCCUUUCCUGUGGCGGUCCUCAUGAGAGCCAGUUUCAUCAUAGCCCUUGAUGGUUUUUGCGACUGCACUUGAAGAAACUUUCAAAGUUCUUGAAAUGUUCCGUAUUGACUGACCUUCAUGUCUUAAAGUAAUGAUGGACUGUUGUUUCUCUUUGCUUAUUUGAGCUGUUAUGGCCAUAAUAUGGACUUGGUCUUUUACCAAAUAGGGCUAUCUUCUGUAUACCCCCCUACCUUGUCACAGCACAACUGAUUGGCUCAAACGCAUUAAGAAGGAAAGAAAUUCCACAAAUUAACUUUUAAGAAGGCACACCUGUUAAUUGAAAUGCAUUCCAGGUGACUAUCUCAUGAAGCUAGUUGACAGAAUGCCAAGAGUGUGCAAAGCUGUCAAGGCAAAAGGUGACUUUUCCUGCAGCAUUGAAGGUCCCCAAUAACACAGUGGCCUCCAUCAUUCUUAAAUGGAAGAAGUUUGGAACCAACCGAGACUCUUGGUUACUGCAUGAUUCCAUACGUGUUAUUUCAUAGUUUUGAUGUCUUCACUAUUAUUCUACAAUGUAAAAAAAGACAACAAAUAAAGAAAAACCCUUGAAUGAGUAGGUGUGUCCAUAUAUAUAUAUAUACACACACACAUACUACCAGUCAAAAGUUUGGACAUGUAUUUUUUUACAUUGUAGAAUAAUAUACAUUUGGUGGAUUGGAUAUGAUGCAGACAAUUACAUUGAUGGAAGCCACAAUCUGUCUGCAAUAUUAAAGUCUGACCUACAGUAGCUGCAUGAGCUCUGAUCAAUGCAUGUUGUCUGUGUUGUACUCUACUCCUUCAGCUCUCCCUCUCAUCCUGGUGAGGCACUUCCCUCGUGAAAAAGCUGCAGAAAAAGAGGAGCCCACCAUUGAAGAGGCCAACUCUGAUUUUGAGGAGAUUGAACCACCGGUAAAACACAAUAUUCAUACAGAUACUCAACCAUUUAAUGUGGUAUAGAAACGUUUCGCAUAUUAACAUUAUUGCAACUGAGAAAUAAAACAGGACUUUUGAAUUUGUUCAGCAGGUCUCCCAUGAUGGUCCUAAACCACCUGCAGAUUCUCAGAAUCAGAAUCCAUCAAUGGGUAAAGAAGAGUGCCCUGUCACAAAAGUGCCCCAGCUGGAGGAAGCAGUCGGCCGUAAGAAGAGGCUGACCCUGUCCCUGUCUGAGAGAGAGAAACUCCUGGACUGGAACCUGGCUACUCCAGAGGAGGCCCGAGGCCCUGGAGGAGGAGAUCCUUCCAGACACCCCAAACCUGGGGACCAGAUCCCCCCUAAGGACCUAUUGCCUCAGGUAGAGCAAGAAGCAGAACCAGUCCCAACUCAGCCCCAGCCGGCACCGUCCGCAUUCCAGGUGUGGGCCAAUGCUUUCAGGAGGUCUUUUGGAGUAUCAGGGACAACAACAGACUCCAACACUGUUGUCACCAGGAGGAACAACAACGGUCCCACCAAGCCUAGGCCUCUGUCUGACGGAGCCUUCAGCUUUAGCUCCCUGUUUGGGGAUACCACCCAAAGCCAGGAGGCCAAACCAGUGGAAGUGGGGCAGAAGAGCCAGCCGACCCCACACCCACUCAAGGCCUCCGUGGGAGACAGACCCUCAGACCUGCCUACGCUACUGGAGCAGGUGUCCCUAGGCAGCAACAAGUCUGUAGGAUCCUUCACCACAGACGACAUAGCCUCACUGCCGCCCAGGAAGCUCAACUUCUUCUCCUCCCUGAGGCUGAAGAAGCGAGGGGGACCGGAGAGCGUGGGAGUGGGGGGUCAGGAGAAGGACAUCAGGACCAUCCUGUCCAACAUCAGGAACAAAGGUCAGGACUCAAGGGAGGAUGUGAUGAGUUAUGUUAUAUGCUUCUACUCCCUUGUCAUCCUUGAAUUUCACAUGGGGCUAAUAAAUGCUACAAUGCUAUUAAUAUAGUACAUGCUAUAAAUGAGAAGAUUACAAUAGUAGCCUAUACUUAGUGUUUAAUGUAAAAAAAUUAAUAUAUAUAUAUUUAACCUUUAUUUAACUAGGCAAGUCAGUUAAGAACAAAUUCUUAUUUACAAUGACGGCCUCCCAAAAGGCAAAAGGCCUCCUGUGGGGAUGGGGGCUGGGAUAAAAAAAUAUAUAUCUAUAUAGGACCAAAUACACAUCACAAGAGAGACAACACUACAUAAAGAGAGAUCUAAGGCAACAACACAGCAUGGCAGCAACACACGACAACACAGCAUGGCAGCAACACACAACACAGCAUGGCAGCAACACACGACAACACAGCAUGGCAGCAACACACGACAACACAGCAUGGCAGCAACACACGACAACACAGCAAGGUAGCAACCCAACAUGAAAACAAGAUGGUAGCAACACGUGGCAGCAGCACAACAUGGUAGCAGCACAAGACAUGGUACAAACAUUAUUGGGCACAGACAACAGCACAAAGGGCAAGAAGGUAGAGACAACAAUACAUCACGCGAAGCAGCCACAACCGUCAGUAUGAGUCUCCAUGAUUGAGUCUUUGAAUGAAGAGAUGGAGCUAAAACUGUCCAGUUUGUGUGUUUUUUGCAGCUCAUUCCAGUCGCUAGCUGCAGCGAACUCUAAAGAGGAGUGACCCAGGGAUGUGUGUGCUUUGGGGACCUUUAACAGAAUGUGACUGGCAGAACGAGUGUUGUAUGUGGAGGAUGAGGGCUGCAGUAGGUAUCUCAGAUAGGGGGGAGUGAGGCCUAAGCAGGUUUUAUAAAUAAGCAUCAACCAGUGGGUCUUGCGACGAGUAUACAGAGAUGACCAGUUUAUAGAGGAGUAUAGAGUGCAGUGAUGUGUCCUAUAAGGAGCAUUGGUGGCAAAUCUGAUGGCCGAAUGGUAAAGAACAUCUAGCUGCUCGAGAGCACCCUUACCUGCCGAUCUAUAAAUUACGUCUCCGUAAUCUAGCAUGGGUAGGAUGGUCAUCUGAAUCAUGGUUAGUUUGGCAGCUGGGGUGAAAGAGGAGCGAUUACUAUAGAGGAAACCAAGUCUAGAUGGGGUGAAAGAGGAGCGAUUACAAUAGAGGAAACCAAGUCUAGAUGGGGUGAAAGAGGAGCGAUUACAAUAGAGGAAACCAAGUCUAGAUUUAACAUUUACAUUUAAGUCAUUUAGCAGACACUCUUAUCCAGAGCGACUUACAAAUUGGUGCAUUCAACUUAGGAUAGCCAGUGGGACAACCACCCUAUUUUAUUUUUUUAUGGGGGGCCUGCAGCUUUGAUAUGUGCUGAGAGAAGGACAGUGUACUGUCUAGCCAUACUCCCAAGCACUUGUAUGAGGUUACUACCUCAAGCUCUAAACCCUCAGAAGUAGUAAUCACACCAGUGGGGAGAGGGGCAUUCUUCUUACCAAACCACAUGACCUUUGUUUUGGAGGUGUUCAGAACAAGGUUAAGGGCAGAGAAAGCUUGUUGGACACUAAGAAAGCUUUGUUGUAGAGUGUUUAUCACAAAAUCCGGGGCGGGGCCAGCUGAGUAUAAGACUAUCUUCUGCAUAUAAAUGGAUGAGAGAGCUUCCUACUACCUGAGCUAUAUUGUUGAUGUAAAUUGAGAAGAGCGUGGGGCCUAGGAUCGAGCCUUGGGGUACUCCCUUGGUGACAGGCAGUGGCUGAGAUAGCAUAUGUUCUGACUUUAUACACUGCACUCUUUGAGAGGGGUAGUUAGCAAACCAGGCCAAAGACCCCUCAGAGACACCAAUACUCCUUAGCCGGCCGACAAGGAUGGAAUGGUCUACCGUAUCAAAAGCUUUGGCCAAGUCAAUAAAAAUAGCAGCACAACAUUGCUUAGAAUCAAGGGCAAUGGUGACAUCAUUUAGGACCUUUAAAGUUGCAGUGACACAUCCAUAACCUGAGCGGAAACCAGAUUGCAUACCAGAGAGAGUACUAUAGACAUCAAGAAAGCCAGUCAGCUGAAUAUUGACAAGUUUUUCCAACACUUUUGAUAAACAGGGCAAAAUAACAGCUUGAUAACAGCUUGAUCUCCCCCUUUAAAUAAAGGACGCACCGUGGCUGCCUUCCAAGCAAUGGGAACCUCCCCAGAGAGGAGAGACAGGUUAAAAAGGUCAGAGACAGGCUUGGCGAUGAUAGGGGCUGCAACCUUAAAGAAGAAAGGGUCUAAACCAUCUGAUCCAGAUGUUUUUUUUGGUGUCAAGUUUAAGGAGCUCCUUUAGCACCUCGGACUCUGUGACCGCCUGCAGGGAGAAACUUUGUAGCGGGACAGGGGGAAAAGAGGGAGGAGCAUCGUGGCUAGUCGCAUUAGAAGGGGUGGGAGAUGAGGAAAUGUUGGACGGGCAAGGAGGCAUGGCUGAGUCAAAUAGGAAUCUUGACUUAAUGAAGUGGUGAUUAAAGAGCUCAGCCAUGUGCUCUUUGUCAGUAACAACCACAUCAUCAACAUGAAGGGAAAUGGGUAGCUGUGAGGAGGAGGGUUUAUUCUCUAGGUCUUUGACCAGGUCUUUGACUCAUUUGCCUGAGUAUGCGUGUGCCGAGCCUUUCGCCAAAUGGAAUUCUUGAGGUGGAGUAACUCUGCCAGAUCACGGUCGAACCAGGGGCUGAACCUGUUUUUUAAUUCUCAUUUUCUUUCUGGGGGCAUGUUUGUUAACAAUACCACUGAAAAUAUCAAAAAAUAAAGUGUAACAGUGUUGCUUCCGUCCCUCUCCUCGCCCCUACCUGGGCUUGAACCAGGGACCCUCUGCACACAUCGACAACAGUCACCCUCGAAGCACCGUUACCUGUCUCACAAAAGCCGCGGCUUUUUACUUCAAGGUCUCAGAGCGAGUGACGUCACCGAUUGAAACGCUACUAGCGCGCACCACUAACUAGCUAGCCAUUUCACACCGGUUGCUCAUUAAAGUUUUUUAGCAAGCGUCUAUGACAAAUCAGGACAGGUCGUUUCACUGAGUAGACAUUACGAACACAGGCUGUAAAACAGUGAUCACUAAGGUCAUUACAGAAAACACCAGUCUGAUACCUAUCAGGAUUAUUUGUGAGGAUAACAUCAAGGAGAGUAGCCUUUUCUGGGUGUUUGGAGUCGUACCUUGUGGGAUUGGUAAUAAUCUAAGAAAGAUUUAGGGAGUCCUAUUGCUUUAGGACUUGGUCAGGUGGUUUAAGCAUGUCCCAGUUUAGGUCACCUAGCAGGACAAAUUCAGACUUGGUGUAAGGGGCCAGGAGAGAGCUUAGGGCAUUUAGGGUACAGGCCAGUGCUGAUGGUGGACGAUAACACCCAGCAACAGUCAACAAAGAGCUAUUUGAAAGGUUUUAUGCUUAAAACCAGCAAAUCAAAUUGUUUGGGGACAGACUUGGUGGAGACAACUGAGCACUGAAGGUGUUCCUUGGUAAAGAUUGCUACUCCACCACCUUUGGAAGAUCUGUCUUGCCGAAAAAGGUUAUAACCAGAAACACUCUUUCUUAACCACGUCUCAGUAAUGACCAACACAUCUGAAUUGGAGCUGUGAACCCACACUUUCAAUUGAUCAAUUUGAGGUAAUACGCUUCUUGUGUAGCCAGCAGAAAUCAGUGAAGCAGAUAUCAGAGCACAAGUCAGAAUUGGGGCUAGCAACAGUAGAUGGGCCAGGGUGUACAUGCACAUUUCCAGAUAUCAUCAGCAGUAAUACAAUCAGGGCACGGCAGAGGACAGGGAGAGCUCUGCAGUGUUGAUUUUUUUAAUGACAUUUGAAUGUGCAUCAGAGGGCAACAAGAUAAUAUUGUACAGCAAUUUCAUCAGGUAACAUGAAUACAAAGCCGGCGAGAUGUGGUUAGAAUAGGAUGGGAGUCCCAAGUGACCGUGUAACCAAUAAAGAGUCAGAGUCCCGAGUGUGGGAACAAACAGUCUGUUCCACGGGCGGGUAAACAAGCAAGAUAAUAGUCAACAAUGCAGGAGUAAAUAACGUAGUUGAAGUGAAUAUACAAGUACUUUCUACAGUUUAAGACCGCUGCUUCAGUCUAAUGUCCUCAUGUUCCCUCAUCUAUACACAGCCUCAAGCAAACAGCAGAAGGAUGAGUCGGACUCCUCAAGUGACGAUGAGCACGUCCCAGCCAAACAGAAGGUAAGGGCCUUGUUCCAAAAGGCUUACAUGCAUCUUUCCUUCCUACCUUUCUCUGAAGUAAUCACUGAUCAUGACAUUAAAAGUUUUUUAUUAGGUAUAUUACAAUUUCUAUCCAAUAGCAAUGUGUUUCCAUGUGCAAUGUUUUGACUUCUGUGUUGAAACAUGUCUCCUAUGUCCUGAUGUUUGUAUGACAUUUUUCUGUUUUGUACAUAAUGUUUCCAUGUCUAGAUGUAUUCUUUAUACAACGGGUGGGUCUAAUCCUGAAUGCUGAUUGGUAAAACCACAUUCCAGCCGGUGUCUAUUGCACAAGUUACCACCGGCUAAAUCUAUGAUGUUAAAAUGCUUAUUUACUCUGUUCCAUCUGACUGCGCAAUCCACUGUCUCAUCAGCCCAAGCCAGGCAAAACUUUAUCUCCACUAUAAAAAGCAAUUAGACAUUAUCUCACAUUCCUUUUAGAUUAACAUUUAGUUUUCAACAGCGGAGAUUUGUAUAAACCUUGCCGUCUAUCUCUGACAUUUGCAACAUUGUUUCAAUAUUCAAAUUCGAUCUCCAGCUGUCCCAUAGUAAUGAACGUGUCGGGAUUAGACAGACAGGCAGGCAGCGUUUCUCAGCCAGUCGAAAUCAUGAAUCAGCUGGCAUCAUUUUUAUUUUAAUGGAUAUAUAUAUAUAUAUGUAUGUGUGCUCUUUCGUCAGGACAUUGUUGUUCAGAGGAACUAGCCAACACAGCUAACACAAUCACUUCAAACUGAAACUGGAAAGACCGCAAACUAGCUGCACUUCGUUUUGUUUGACCUUUUUUCAAUUGAUAUUUCUUUGUGUAUAUAUAUAUACACAAAGAAAUAUCAAUUGAAAAAAGGUCAAACAAAACGAAGUGCAGCUAGUUUGCGGUCUUUCCAGUUUCAGUUUGAAGUGAUUGUGUUAGCUGUGUUGGCUAGUUCCUCUGAACAACAAUGUCCUGACGAAAGAGCACAUGUUCUAUGACAGGUGAAAUCGCGCCUCAUUAGCUCAUUGUUAUGGAUGUAUCCAAAUAAAUGUCUCUAGAAAACAGCUUAUGCAAAUGCAGCUACUUUGCUGUUAUUCUGGCUGCACUUUUUGACGUGACUGUAAAUUAGCCGUAGUUGGCUAGCUAGCAAGCAAGGGAUAAGCACGUUGCCAGCCAGUAUGGCAAUGGAACAUUUAGAACGAACGACUGGGUUGCGUCCAUAGAUACAGAACAAAAAGACUGAACAACUGGGUCGCGUCUCUAGCAACUGAACCGAUAGAACGAAUGAAACAUAAUAAAUAAAAAUAAAUAACGGGUGAAAGCAAUGCAGUGGAAAGCUUACCUACACCAAUCCAUGUCAAGUCAGAUCAGUGAUUAAAAGCAGCUCUCCUCAAGGCGGAGGAUACAGAAGAGGCAUGAAGAGACCGGUCAGGACCCGAGAACAGAUAAUCCAUACUCCAUUAGAGAGGGAUUACUGGGAAGGCUGAAGAAGCACAUCAUGACCUGCUCAUAUCACCUUACAUAUGGGGAGGAAAUCCCACUCUGGUGUUGUAAUAGGUCUUGGCCAUGGCUUCACAGCAUACCACACACAUACCACCCUCUUAUUUUGAGCACCGUUUUGCAACUCUCUGUUAGGAACUGCCUUGUUUACUUAACAGAAUUACUACAUUUUUAGUCAUUUAGCAGACGCGACUUACAGUUAGUGAGUGCAUACAUUAAAUAUAUAUCUUUUUUUUUCAUACUGGCCCCACGUGGGAAUCAAACCCACAACCCUGGCGUUGCAAACGCCACGCUCUACCAACUGAGCUACAUCCCUGCCACUUUCUAACCAUCUCUGCUACUUCCGUCAGGUCAGGAUCAAGUGCAGGUCAAGCGCAUGACUGAUAAGAUACUCUAUUAGAUUGAUAUCCCCAGACCCCUAAUAGUUGAGACUAAGAUCAGAGGGGUUUAACUCUGGUGUGAGGUAACAGUUGUGUGACACUGUCUUGUUGGUCUGUGUUUAGUUCCAUGGGAGCUCGGAGAGACAGAGGAGGAGACGGGAGAAGACUGUGAUUCAACAGGCCAAGAGAGAGCAGCUGAAGAGGCUCCACAGAGCCCAGGUACUAUAGAGCACAUAGACAACAGAACAGCACUACCACACAGAGGCCUUCCGUGUUCAUUUUCCAUUCAUUUACAUGUUUUAUAUUUAAGCAAUAAGACCAGAGGGGGUGUGGUAUAUGGCCAAUAUACCACGGCUAAGGGCUGUUCUUAGGCACGACGCAACGCGGAGUGCCUGGAUACAGCCCUUAGCCGAGGUACAGUAUAUUGGCCAUAUACCACAAACCCCUGAGGUGCCUUAUUGCUAUUAUAAACUGGUUACCAACAGAAUUAGAGCAGUAAAAAUAAAUGUUUUGUCAUACACGUGGUAUACGGUCUGAUAUACCACGGCUGUCAGCCAAUCAGCAUUCAGGGCUCGAACCACCCAGUUUAUAAUUAGGUUUCUCUCAUACAUUUGAAUCACUAAUGAUCUCUUCAACAAAUAUAUUUGAUUUGUUGGGAUGAUGAAUGGGAUAUAAAUAUUGUGUGUUGAGCCAUUGUGAGCUUGCCUUGGUUGAAUCUGACCUGGUGUUUAUUGUGUGAAGGUCAUCCAAAGGCAGCUGGAGGAAGUGGGGGAGAAGCAGAGAGACCUGGAGGAGAGAGGGGUGACCAUUGAGAAGGUCCUUCGGGGCGAAGCCCAUGGUAAGCCACACAGUCCCAACAGCAUGUACUGUACCUUUGGAGAGCACUGUACGUUUGUCAUCCCAUGCUGUGUGGAUUGAUUCCAGCUGCACUGCGUAUGAGUGACACAAGUGUAUCCAUUUGGUUGACGUAGCUUUAUGACUCUGGGCCAGAGCAUUUUAUAAAUGUAUGACAAUGGAAUGGAAGGGUUAGAAUCAGAAUGUUCAGUAACUGAGUGUUGUCAUGUCCUUGCAUCAGAGAGGCCUUAACUCUGAAGGUAACAUGCAAAUACAUGGCAAAGAGAGCGGAGAAAGGUACGGUUUGUAAUGGAACUAUCUUAGUUUGACCUCAGCCAAGAACAUAUAGUUGAGACAUGGAAACACUGGAUUCAGAAUGACCUAUGCUCAGGAAUAGUUGUCCUGUUUCUGUGAGGUUUGAUAGAGGCAAUGCUUUUCUAAUAAUUAUUUCAAUUUCCUUAUCUAUAGUAGGCCUAUACAGUCAGUACUACUCUGAUGCCUUUGCUAGGAAAAUACAUAAUAAAAACGAUACCAAAUUAUAGUCAUUUGCAUUCAACCAAAAAUAACAAUUUUAAGUUGAAAUUGUUUAGAAAUCACUGCGGUGGCAAUUGGCCUUGUGAAGAGAGGGAGGAUGGGGGAAAUCAAAUUGUAUUUGCCACAUGCGCCGAAUACAACAGGUGUAGACAUUACAGUGUAAUGCUUACUUACAAGCCGUUAACCAACAAUGCAGUAAAAAAAAAAGCUAAUAAUUAAAGAGCAGCAGUAAAAUAAAAUAACAGUAGGGAGGUUAUAUACAGGGGGUACCGGUACAGAGUCAAUGUGCGGGGGCACCGGUUAGUCGAGGUAAUUGAGGUAAUAUGAGAGAAAAAAAAUUAUGCACUCACUAACUGUAAGUCGCUCUGGAUAAGAGCGUCUGCUAAAUGACUAAAAUGUAAAUAUGUACAUGUGGGUAGAGUUAAAGUGACUAUGCAUAAAUAAUAAACAGAGUAGCAGCAGUGUAAAAGAGGGGGUUGGUGUGGGGGGCAAUGCAAAUAGUCUGGGUAGCCAUGAUUAGCUGUUCAGGAGUCUUAUGGCUUGGGGGUAGAAGCUGUUAAGAAGCCCGGUACCGCUUGCCAUGCGGUAGCAGAGAGAACAGUCUUUGACUAGGGUGGCUGGAGUCUUUGAUAAUUUUUAGGGCCUUCCUCUGACACCGCCUGGUAUAGAGGUCCUGGAUGGCAGGAAGCUUGGCCCCAGUGAUUUACUGGGCCGUACACACUACCCUCUGUAGUGCGUACGGCCCAUUAGCCUUGCACAUGGUGAUAUACAAGUUAGCCAUUAAAGACAGCUAUUUUAGAAUGAAAAAUUGUAAUUCCUGCUAGUCUUUUAAAAAGUAAUGUUUUCAUACUGGUAAUCAUAUUCCUCAAAGUCAAUUAUAUUUUGCCAGAAUUGUAAAUUAGAAAUGUGUUUGUUGCUUCUGCACUCUUCAGAGAAAGAAUGAUUUGAGAGUUUAAGCAUAAUUAGCUGUUACUUUUAUUACAAUUACAUUUAAAUUACAGCACAUAAAAAGCACACAAACUUAGCCCUGAGUAAUGCAAUUGUUUCAUCCAAGUUUGUCCUUCUAUUGUUAAAUGGAAAGCACAUCUGUGUAAAGACCUUUCUGAAUUCCAUGUUUUGUUCAAUAGUCAGGCUCAAUGUUAAAAGCCUCCACAGAGACGGAGUGUCUCUUGUCUAAGUACCAGUGAGUACAGUGAAUGGCCUUGCAAAUUCUGAUUCAAAAACUACAGGGAGAGUGUCUCUUGUGAUGCGGGCCUGAAGGGCAGCGGCAGCAGUGGCGACCAUUGUGCCUGUUUACAUGGCUUUGUUUGGAUAACUGAAUUAAGGCAGAGGGUGAAGGUCUCAUAGCUCAAUGGGCUCUUUGUUAAUUUAUAUUAUUCACAGACUCCGACUGGAUAGCAAGAGGGUAGGAGUAGGUGUCAGACAAUGACCUGAGUGUAUGUGCUUGGCAAGAUUCUAAGUAUGAAAAAAUGAACGCAAUGCUUUUAGGCUUUUUUAUGGCAGUCUCCCUUUAUUUGUCAUUGUUCAAUCAAUGGAUGUUUGCAGGGGUAUUCGAAGGCCAGUCAUUUAGCUGACGCUCUUAUCAAGAGCGACUUACAGUUAGUGAGUGCAUGCAUUUUCAUACUGGCCCCCCGUGGGAAACGAACCCAUAACCCUGGCGUUGCAAGCGCCAUGCUCUACCAACUGAGCUACAGGGUUCACAGUGCUGUACAGUAUACGGCAAAGGGAGAGAAAAUGUUUCCUCAACUGUCUGACAAUGAAGGCCGAGUAUAAUGGUUCAGAAGAUAUAGCAACGAAUUAGAAGCAUUAGGAGCCGUCAUUCAAUCAAACACACUCUACGAAUGGGUCUGUUUCAGUGUAGCUGUAGUCAGUGUUAGUAUCUGUGACAUAAAACACAUAGCUAGCUCCAGAUCCAGAGUCUCCCACUAACGAAAGCAAUUAGACUGCCCUCUUUUUACCAUAGUUUAAAUGACUCACUAGCAGGGAGAAUGUCUAAAUAAAUACCUUUAGCCUGUUGUCCGCAGGUUACACUGUCAUGUUAUUACAUUUUUCAAAGUUAACUUUUGAAGCUCUAUUAUAAAGUGUUUUAUGAAGUCUAAAGUCAGUAUUUACGUGAGUGUCUCAGUUGCAACAGGCCAGGGGUUACAGGACCAUUACUAUGGCCAUCUACUGUAUAACCUUGUGACAGGGUGCUUAUUAAUCGACCUUGGACGUAAUGAGGAAUGAAGAAACAGGAUGAUCAAACUUCUAUAUUAUCUGGGGUAGCUGAUUGUGACCUUGCUCUCUCCCUCUAUCAGACAAAGGUGAUGGUCUCUCUGAUGAGCACGAGCUCCUUCAAAUGUGGUUCAAGCUGGUCCUGGAGAAGAACAAACUGGCACGCUACGAGGAAGAGCUAGUCAUAUUGUAAGUAGGAAAAGAUGAGGCACAGUGCAUUCUCAGACACAGACCAUCUUAUGGAGUGAAGCGUGUUUGAAAUGGGUUGUUUUGUCUGUUAGUGCUCAGGAACUCGAGCUGGAGGACAGACAGAGUCAACUACAGACAGAUCUACGAUGCAGGAUGUCCAUAGAUGGUAUGGGUCAUACACUGUGUAAUUGUAGGGUAGUACUGUGCAACUCGAGUAUAGUUACAAAUCCUGCACUUACAACUGUUGCAAUACGUUUGCAGCCCUUUAUCCGUGGAACUUUUUGAGACUGUGUUCUAAAUGACCAUGUCCUACUUUGUCCAUCUGUCUGUCUUCAUACCCCCCUCCUCUACCAUUCUACAAUCUCUCCUCCUCCAUGGCCCUUUGCAGACUCCAGGAAGAGCUCCAGUGAGCUGGCGGAGGAGCAGCAGAUGCUGACAGAGAUCAUGAAGGUGGUGGAGAGGAGAGACACUCUGGUCAGCCUGCUGGAGGAGCAGCGGGUGCAGGAGAGGGCUGAGGACAGAGACCUGGAGAGCCUGGUGCUGUCUAGGGGCUACCAAUUCCACUGGACCUGAGGAGGAGCAGCCCUCUGGGGCAAGGAAAAGGAUAACAGUACCAUGCAGCUCUACGGGUAGAGGAGAUAAGUGACCACUACUAGUGACUACACUACUGGAUUUGGCCACAAGUGGCAUGAUGAACUUUCGAAUAUGUACAGUGGGGAAAAAAAGUAUUUAGUCAGCCACCAAUUGUGCAAGUUCUCCCACUUAAAAAUAUGAGAGGCCUGUAAUUUUCAUCAUAGGUACAUGUCAACUAUGACAGACAAAAUGAGAAAAAAUUAUCCAGAAAAUCACAUUGUAGGAUUUUUAAUGAAUUUAUUUGCAAAUUAUGGUGGAAAAUAAGUAUUUGGUCAAUAACAAAAGUUUAUCAAUACUUUGUUAUAUACCCUUUGUUGGCAAUGACACAGGUCAAACGUUUUCUGUAAGUCUUCACAAGGUUUUCACA